UUCGAAAGAUCCCUAAGAAAGAUUCUCCAGGAGGGCGAUGUUGAUGAUAUCACUGACACACUGACACCGCGGGCUCUCUCAAAAUGCAGUACUAACGCGUUACUAAUGGCAAUGGAGGUGAGCAGCGAUUCAUUAUUUUUUUAAAAGAGGAAGACUUGAACCAUUUUGGCCCUCGGUGUGCUACCGUCUUAUUGGGAGCUGCGGUAGUGAAAUGUUUAGUGAGCUGGACUGAACGAGAGGUACAGUUUCAGGUUAUGCCGUCAGUCAUUAGGCUCUCGGCAGAGUCAGUCCCUGAUGCUCGGCAAUCAAUUCAAUCGAGUUCAAUUACGUUAAGCUAUCGAACAAUUUCAAGCAGUAUUUUCCCUGUGAGUUCGACUAUCGAGGCAAUAAAACAUAAUGAAGCUCAAUCCUGGACUGAGAUCGAUUGAGUCCAGUUUGCGAAAAAAAUCGAACAACCUUUUUUCUAUUUGAGUACCACUACCAAACAAAUUGAUAAAUUUUUAAUCCAAAAGGUAAAGUGAAAACAAUACCAAUUUGUUUUAUUAAUGUCCACGUUUUUUUAGCAGUUUUUUGUAGUACAAAUGAAAACAGUGAAAACUAUAAAUGAAAAUUACAUUGUAAUAGUGAGGAUCUCGAGCUCAUUCCCCGCCUUUUUGCCAUCAACUUCCGCAGGCGUCCUUUGAGCUCCGCCGCUUGGCAGGGAAGAAAGGACCUGAUGAAGAAGACUUCACCAAGUUGGCGAAUUCGGUGGACGAGUUCACAAGUUGUUUACUAGACCCUUUGAAGUCCAACACUGAGUCUCGUCAUGCUUUUGGGGAUUCCUUGGAUUACCUUUUAGAUGCUGGCAUUGAAUUGGAGCAAAAGAAGGUUUGUAAUUUUAAGUCAUAAAAAUGUAUUAAAAAAUGAUGUAGAUACCGAUUAAAAUACACACAAUAUCGCGAUAAGAUUAAGAUGCAAAAGUUAUAUACAGUCGAACCCCGCUAUUUCGAACUCGGUUAAUUCGAAUUCCCCGCUAUUUCGAACUCAUCGUUUUUUCCCUACACCUUAAAAUCAACCCCGUUAUUUCGAACUUGUCAAAAACAGAGUACGAACAUAAGAGCACAGCUGGAAACGUUUGCAUUUUAUUUAAGCUCGUGUUACGUGAUUAAUAACUUAACAAUGCUUGACUCACGUGCAGUGUCCCGCUAAGAAAUUCCAGCUGUGUUAUUAGAUAGAUAGAUAAGAUAGAUAAUCUUUAUUUAUCCCCGGUACAAAAUUCGUCAGCUUUAAAAAUGCCUAAUACUAAUAUAAUAAAAAUAUUUAAAUAAAAAAGCUGCUUUCCACGAAUGCCGUGCCUUACAGUUCUUUGAGUAAUCGUUUAAAUUGCCCAAGGGACUCUGCUUCCCUUAAGUUACAAGGAAGACUGUUCCAGAGAAUGGCGCCACUAUAGCUGAAGCUGUCUUUGUAAUAGCUUGUGCGCGGUAAUGGAACAUUGAGUUUAUUUUCAGAGUCCCUUAGGUUAUAUGCGACUUCUCGCCUUUCAAAUUUAGAACUAAGAUAGUUUGGAGCCAACCCGUGAGUAGUAUGGAUGGCUACAGUAGGUCCUGACCAAUCAGAGCGCAGCAAAAUUGGUCUCGACCAAUCAGAAUCGCGCAUUUGGACCAUGUGACUUUUGUGACGUCACACCCAUUGUUUUAACCCACGUGACCUCUAGGAAUAAAGAACACACGCACACAAGAGUUGAAUCUACAUGCUUGACAUAGUUUUAAUGACCGCGUGAAGCCCUGGAUACAAGUGGGACGUGUGUAACGCCCUACUGACGUCACGCCCAUUACAAAUCUAAUAGCAAAUCGAGUUCGUUCCCAAUCCUCUGGUAGCCAUAGGGAUAACUGGAUCGGGUGGCGACAUCAAUGACACGCUUGUCGAACACCAACCCAUACUGCUUCACGCGUGGAACCACUUGAAUUUGUUUUUGUUCCAAAUCUCGUUGGAAAUAAUAAGGGUUGGUCAGGUUCAAAUUGCGGCGAGAGUCCUGGGGCGAAUCUAAUUCGGAGAGAAUGUUGUCUUUCAUGGUCUGAAAAUUGAGAAUGGCGGAUCCACGGACGUUCAAGGUGAAACCGCGUACCUUGCACACCACUUUACCCUGUCGUGUCGUGUACCCAUAAUUCUUGGCGCCCCCCGAAACAAACUCGGUGAUGACGUCGCCGUCCAAUUCGUCGGUCAUGUCCCCCAAAAAAUCCCCAGUGGUGAUAGAGGGUUGACCGGGACGCCACUUGUACACGACACUAUCUGUAUCGUAAUAGAGGACUUGCUGUUGAAGGGUGUCCAGGGACUCGUAGAGCUUGAGUCGAGCAUGACAGGUGGUGAAAGCGGCUACGAAAAUAUUGGUCUUGGUGCCUUUGACAGCAUUGUCUUGGACGCUGGUGUAGACAGCUUCCAAGAUAUCAUCGGUGCAAAGGCGGAGUGUACUGAGAUCGAGGGAAGCAUCCGAGAUGAGACCGAAUAAAUGGGCGGGGUCUUGGACAGUCACGGUGGUAGGUUUGUUGAUCCGCUCCCCGAAUUUGCCCCAGAAGCUGUUCAGCAUGAGCUUGGCCGUGGCUUUGCGACCGGGGUUCUUGGCAAUACUGGCAAUGUCCAGUCGGAUGCCUUCCCGUUCCUGAUAGCGAAGAAUGUACUCGCGUUUCUCCUCGAGGGUCUGACACCGGCCGGGCCAUCCCGCGGAUUCUUGUUUGAUCUUGAGCCACGUGUUCACAUAAUCGGCAAAAAGACCCGUUCGGCGUUGCUCAGGAGGAAAAUGCCAGACUUCGUGAAUCUUGAUCAGCGUAUACCCCUUUUCGACGGCUUUGACCAAUUCGGGUGUGCACCAGGUCCCACGUAGCGUGCGAUCCGUGUCAGAAUGAGGACAAUAACGGGUUCGGGUCAACAUGGGUUGGGCCUGCUCGGUCUGGACACAGGCACGGCAGAGAGGAAACGUGAGCUUGUGGCCGCUACGCACGGGCAGAACAGGAUGGAACAAACCAGCAGGGGGAAGAAUAUCGACGGUAGCUAGACCAAAAUAAGAGUCUAGAGACUGGUCAGCGGGUUGCGUGAUGAUCCGCGGAUGCCCGAUAGGAUAGGGACAGUUCUUGUUGACCCAUGGGUACAGGGAGGUCACAUCCACAUAGCGUAUUUCCUCCCCCUCUCCAGCUACGGCAUGUAGAGCUACGGCACCGGUUCGACCUCCAAAGAAGGCUUCGCGGGGUUCCAGGGGUGCCACCAAAUCGAAGGAAUUCAGGAAUUGUUGAACAGCUUCAUCGGUGUCCACUAGUCGGUCCCAUUCGCAUUCCCACAUUUCAAUGACUGUAUAACCUGCUCGGAGCAAGGCCGUGCGUUUGGAGAGCGUGGCUUGAUAGAGUUCCUCCACGGUUCGAUCCGGCGUGGCAUAAUGUUUGGCUUGCCUGUCAGGAUAACAGCGGGGACAGCCAUGGUAGAGACAUCCGUGAAACUCGUAGACGGUGCGAGUCACAGGAUCAUAGCCAUCGACGAAAUGACUGUCGACGCUGGUUCGGACCGAUUGUUCGCCGCCAUUGCGAACGUGACGAAUGCGAUCAGCACUGGCCCCCUCUUUGGGAAGGAGAUGUUCCUGGUAAUAGAGCCAUUGCAGGGCCUUGAGGGAUUGGUUGACUUGGGCCCCUCGCCACCCUCCGAGAGGUUCCACUGCAAUGGUGUCGGGGGUCAAAUGAUGCUUGCGCCAAUACAGAUUGCAGGCACUGGCGAUGGUGAUGCACUUGGCCAUGGGAUUGAAGCCCGCCUGCUGUUCAAAUUCUUGUUGAAAGGCUUCACACCCAGCUUUCAAUAGAGCCACAUCCGAUUUGCAAUACUCGAUCAUUUCUUGCUGGAAAUGGAAGGGCACGUUCCGACGGACUUGAUCGGCGUGCCAACGAGUCAGUUCCUCUUUCUUUUUAGCCAUCAUGCCGUCGGGGUCGUAAAAUUCCAAAUCAGGGAUGCGGCCCACAUAUUGUUGGUGAUCGGGGGUAUUGAACAAAUGGGGAAAGAACCCCUUCUUUAAUUCGGUCAAAUUGAAGGUACUGGAAAAGGAGGCCAGCGGCAUAGGCAAGAAACAUAACGAGUCAAUAAAUUUGAGGGGUCCACUUCUAAACGAUAAGACUUUGGCUCCCACGGUCAGUUGAUCCACGACCUCGCGUUGUUGCUGGUAGAGUUCAUGGAGAAUGAACAUGCCAUCAAACCCUUUUAGAUUGUGAAACACCACGAGUAUCGUUCGAUCCUCCUCACAGUCUGGAACGUCCGUGAGAUCAUCCAAAUCACGCAAAAAUUGUAAGGCACAGUCCUCCCCGUCCAAGACAUGAAUGGUGGUGUCUACACUCGACGAAUAACAUAACAAAUUAGCCACAAACACGCCUUCUGCAUUCUGCAUGGCUUCAAAAUCUGCGUAAACAAACAGGGGAGGGGGUGGCGCCACCAUGCUACCUCCCCCCUCCUCUGUCGGUUCAGUCUCCUCAUGCUCAUCCUUUACAGGCUGAAUGUAACAUUGAUGGUUCUGGAUGGGUACCCAUUCCUGACACGCUGGGCAUUUGGCGUACCCGCACCGGUGACGUUGGUUACGGACGACUGUGUAUUGGGCUUGACACUUGAGACAGGUUUUGAUGGAUUGACAUUGCUUGCUGAUUUCAUGAUAACGUUUGCAUUGAUGGCCGUAAAACUUGCGGCAACACAGACAGCAAUACUCGAUGGGGCGGGUGCCACGCACAUAAUCCGGACAAUCAAAACGUCCACACGCGGAGCAGCGUUUCCCUUGACAAGUAUGAUUGGUUCGAUCGUUGGUGUUAAACCCUCGUUCACAGUCCACACAAUAAUACGAACGAUUGACAAAGGCAGGAAAAGACGUACAGCCAUCAAAAUGAUCGUUGGAUUUGAGUAAACGAAUCUGAUGAGGAGCGGUGGGCCCUUUGAAGAUUAAAAAGAAUGGUUUCAUCCGGGUCAUCACCAAGAGUUGGUAGUGAGAUCCCAAUGCUUGUUGAAAUUGACGAAGCUCGGGUAAUCCACAGGGACCCUCAGCGACUCCCGCUUGCUGAUGGAGGGCCUGGGCUUGACGUUGCUGCACAGGACGACCGCGUUUGAGAUUGUCCCAGUCGCGAAACCCGUCCACGCCUUGAUCUUUAUGGCAAUGGGCACGCAUGGUGACAAUGGCGCGGGCACAACAUAAGGCAUCUCUGUUUUUGAUGGAGACAAUGCAUCGCUUUUUCUGGUUGACUCGAUCCAAGCAUAAACGGCCUACAUUGCGUUGUUUGUGUCGACCAGACCCCGGGCCGGGCAUGGAGACAAACACCACAUCCACUUGGAACCCGCGAUCGGGGUUGAAGGCUUCAUUGCUGUUUAAUUUUCCCGCCAGGGUAGCUAACAUCUCAUCCAAUCGAGCAGUGCGUUGUAAAAAUUCCCCCACGGUGAAAUUGGCGGUUUGGUAGGCGUGAGUAAAUCCAUGCGCUGUAAUGGCAAAGUUCACAAAAUGAUGGGCAGGUCGCUGCUCACGGUCGAGUUCCGUUUCAAUAGCGUGAUGCAAGGCUUCCGUCAAUGCCAGGCCAAUAUUAUCCCCUGGACCAGCAUCCCUCAAUUGACGCAAUUGCGCGUUGAAUUGCGCCCGUUCCACCACAUUGCGCCAGCGGCGUCGUCGACCAAUAGGUUGCAUGGUGAAUUGAAAGAGAGGGCCUCGGGCGGCAAUAGCUCCACCCAACUGUUCCCACCGGUCAUAGGCGCGGUUUAACAGAGCAUCCUCCUCGUCACUGACAUCAUACCAGCUGUCCUCCUCCGCCAUGACGGAGGAAACCAAUUUGAAUGUCCCGCGCCAGACGCUGGCUUUUAUAGACCCAAAAACACGUGAUCAAACGAACGGGGAUUGGUGGAUGGGGCUCAGGUGAGAGUCAGGUGAGAGUCAGGUGAGAGUCAGAUGAGGGUCAAGUAAAGGGGAUGGGGAGGGGUUGAUUGCACAAGAGGAGGAUUGAGGGGGGUGCCCCCCAUGGGUACAAAUUUUUCUCAAGUCUCCUCUGAGCCUGGGGUCGAGAUCGCUGAUUGGCGGAGAGACCUCUAGAUAUAGGCCAGCGUCCAGACCAGACAUCAGUUGCCAUCGAGACAUGCCUAAUCGAGAUCCAGAGAAAGUGAAAGAGGCUAAACACCGGUGGUACCUGAAACACCGGGAAGAGAUUGUGAAACGGAAACGAGAGCAGCGGGCGGCCAAGAAAAAGCUCAAACCGCCCAAGCCGCCCAAACCGCCCCCGACCCAGGAACAGCUGGCCAAAGCCCGAGAAUUGAACCGGUUGGCCUGUAACCGGUACCGAGCCACGCACGGAGACCAAGUACGGGCUUUGAACCGUCAAUAUUAUCAUCGACACCGCGACCGGCUUAUCCAGCAGCAGCGGGACCGUCGUGCCCAGAACAGACAGACACCCAGUCCUUUUAGAAAAUUGCGGGCCUUGGCAGACGUGUGUGCUUCGCGUGUAUUGGAGCUGGAUCAUGGAUACGCCAGGAUCGCGCCAGCCCCCCAGAAAAAAACGGGACCCUAUGAAAAAUAAACAACAACAAAAGCAGUAUCGGCAGCGCUUGUACGCGGCCGUGAAUGGCAUCGAGGACGUGAAGGCUCUCCACCGUCGACGCUACCACGAGCGGAUGGCUCGUAUGAAAGCCAGUGGAGAGUAUGAGGCCUUCAAGGCCAAAAAGACCGAGGAAGGGAUGCGGCGCUAUCAUGGCAUGACGGAGGAGCAACGGGCUGAAGUGAAACGCAAAAACAACCAGUGCCAAAAAAAUUGGAUACAAAGAAUGAAAAAAGAGAGGACGUACGAGGCUUACAAACAGCGUUUGAAUACACGGCGGAGGGAGAUAGCGGCGGAGAAAAAGCGUAUCUUGGGUGAGGAGGGAUGGAGAGCCCUGCAAAGUCAACGAUACCAGCAGCGGGUGGAAUCCAUUCGGCGCCGAGAAUGGUCCUGGUUGGACGAAGAAUUAGAGCGUCCUUUUCCCCUCCCGUGGUUGCCUUUGGACUUGUCACAGUCCGUCCCUGAAGAAGAGGACAAGGUACAAACCCUUCGCGCUGAGGCGUUACAGAACAUACAAGUGUAUUUGUAAGAAAACAAACAUGAAGUUUAUUAAACCAUGGUGUCAUUUAACAUGUUGUCUUUUUUAUGACUAAAAAGAGGGGUUUUACAUGCCAAAUCGGAGUUUGGCUUUCAUAAUGCGUCUCACAAUACGCUCUGUUAGGUUUUUGCUGCCAGGGAGUUGAUCAAUCUUGGCAAUCAUCUUACGAUCCGCGGCCCAUUUGUCUUUCAACGUCUUGGCUUUAUCAUAGUCAAUGUCAUGGGCUUUAGCAAUCCUGUCCAACCGGUUAAUGCCGGGAUCCCCACGGGCCAAUCGUUUCUUUAAAUGGGUACCAGGUCCCAUGUACUGAUAACCGGGCCAAUGAAAUUCAAUGCCGGUCUUGUUAAGGAGGUUUUGUACAUCAAAUAACUUGCCGCCUCGUUGCGAGCGUCGUCGCCGUCUCGCUCGGGAACGGGGUGGAGCACGACGUUUCCGUCCCAUCUUAGGGGGUUUUCCACGAUUUCCAAUCCAAAGCUUUCUUGGCCCAACCAGCGGCUUUCUUUUUGGCGACCCCCGCAGCUUUCUUUUUAGCACUGUCCGCGGCUCUUUUGCGAAUCCCGCGCUUGAAUGAUUGCGUAAUGGUAUCUGCACGUUCUUUAGGGGUUUCCCACGGGGCUGUUCCAGGCGCCUCGGAAAAGGGCAACUCUUCCGCCAAUUCUUCACUGCUCAACGGGGUCGUAAACUUGAGUUUCUUUUUGGCACUAGGGGUGAACCUUGGUUUAGGCGGGACAGGGGGUUUUCUGGGUCCACCAGUCGGAGUGCCUUGUUUUAUACCCUGGGUGGCCUUGACCAAUUGCGUGAACCAGGCUUGCAUGGGGCCCGCCUCAAAAUCAUCGUCGCCCGGCGUCGUAGCCCCUGCGGCACUCACACCCCCAGCUGGGGCUCCAAACGGUUGGCGCACUUUUUUGGUCCAAUGGCGUAAUUGACGGCUGACGGCUUUGAGUUGAGGCCGUUUCCAAGCAUCGGGGGCAUCACUGGUCAACAGCACAUGUUGUUUGGCGGCUAAAUCGGCGGCUUUGGUCAAGCGAGUGUCUUCCACCAAUUCUUGUUUGUACUGGUCUCGUAAUUGUAAAAAAGCCGGGGCGUUGUUUACCGUGGUGCUCACCAUCUCGGGUUCCAUGGUGCAACUGAGGAGUCUGGUCUAGCGCAUGCAACGUUUAUAACAUCGGUAGAGUUCCGGCCAGAGGGCACCCCCUUUUUGAGCCAUCAUGAUGGCGCGUCGUCGUUUGACGGAAUGGGCGGGUUUGGCCAUAGCGCGUAAACUCUGAGCGUGAGGUUUGAGCAACGUAAUGGUCUGUCGGGAACGGGGGACUGUGCCACGGAGGGUGUUCAUCACCAAUUCACUGACCGCAUUGAUCUGAUCCGCAUUGGCCAUCCGCAACAAUUCUUGUCGUUUGUGUUGAUUGGCUUCUUGUAAGACACUUUUUAAGAACGGGGCUUGUCGUUCCAUGCGCCACCCCAUGAUGAAUCUUGAGUUCAGGCAACGACCAAGGUCUAUUUAUGGUAAAAAUGGCACCACACCGACCACACAAUUCGCCAUGAUAAUGCCGUUGCAUGUGAUUCCGACACCGUGCACACAAGGCGGCUUCAUACUGGUCGUCCCAAUCCAACGCAAACGUCACGGCUUUGCGUUUGGAGCGUCGUCGGUUAGUCUGGGCGUCGAAUUCGGACUCUGGGUUUGUAUUUCCUGAGCCACAAAGGCGAGAGAGCCAUUGCCAAAAGCGGGAGUUUAGCACCGCGUUGCAAACCACGUCGUCGGCGUCGUUUUCGAGGGACAUAACGAUGUCGGCGACCGUUGGGUCCACGGACCAUCCUUAAUGAGAGUCUGGUGUCCCACCAAGCGUUUCUUUUAUAGCGUGCAUGGAGCUUAGAAAUCCCAUCCCUUUGCGCGUCUCAACAUCCGCUGGACCCGUCGUUGGGCCAGUCGUUGAUUGGCUGCACUGAUCUUACCCACUUUCUUUUUUUUCUUCUUUUUCAUGAGAACAGCGGCAGCCACAGCCGCGGGGAUGAGAAGUGGGAGAAUACCCCCUCGUUGUUUUCGGCGUCGUUUUCGUCGUCGUGGACCACAGUGCAUGAUGAUCUGUCCGAUGGAGGACACACCUUUUAGUCUUUUAUAGUUUUUUCACAUAAUCGAACAAUUAAAGGAUUCCCCCGCAUAUUUUUUCCGUUUGCCUGAAGCCACUUCGCGUCGACGUUUUUCGCCAAUGGCGAUGGCACGCUUGGUUUGAUGAUCCCCGAUGGCUUUGGUGAUCCCAUAACCGGCUUUGAGAAUCCCUAGGGGCAGACUGGCCGCGACACCCCCUACUUGACUCACACGCCGUCGUCGUUUGGCGGGUCGCCGUCGGGUCGUCCUGCGUUGGCGUUUACGUCGAGGACCCAUUGCAUUUUUUGGGACGAUGGAAGAAAAGUCACGGUUUUUAUACCUUUUUUAGGAAGAACUGCCUCCUCGUCCACGGGCUCGGCCCCGUCCCCGUCCUCGGCCACGGCCACGUCCCCGUCCUCGGCGUGGUGGUCUAGGUGGACUUGGGCUGGAGGUUCGGGUGGACGUGCGGCGCACCGAGGGACGACCCCCCUCUUCAUACACGGUCGUCACCGUAUUGGUGUGCGUGAUGUUGCGAAUCCGUCGACCUCGUGCCCGUUCUUGAGCAUCUUCAUUGAGCAAAUCCAACCGUCGCCUUAAUCCUCGCCGUCGUUCAUCAUCAUCAUCAUCGCCAUCCUCAUCAUCAGACGGAGGGGACGAACCAGGAGAGGGUGGGGAGGGCACCCGGGGGCGCCGUCGCGGUUGUUUGGCAGCGAUGGUGGGACGUCCAGUGGGGGUGGUCACCGUGGAGGUGGUAGUCCUGGUGCCUGCCCCGGCACUGCGGCGGCUGGUGGAGGGGCGUGUUCGAGUGGACGUGACGGGUCGUGGUCGACUGGUGGUGGUAGUAGUCGUGGUGGGACGAGUUCGGGUGGAUGUGGUGGGACGGGUGGGGGCAGCCGUGGUGGUGGUGAUGGUGGGUGGUGGUGGUGGUGGUGGUGCCAUGGUGGUGAUGGGAGUAGAAGUGGCAAGUGGUGCUGUACCGGUGCCUGCCACGGGUGGGAGCGUGAAGGCAUUCAAGGCAUCGUCUACAUUGACCGGGUAGGUCAAAUUGAAAUCAUCAAUGUCUUGCUCCAAUUGGGCUCGAUCCACGGGUCGAGACAAUUCGGUCACCAUGUCCGUCAUGCUGCUGAGAUCCCGGAGAACCGAGGGGGAACCCACCCCCGCAGGUGAGUGUGUGUCCAUGCGAGCGGCUAACUCAGUAUGUUGUCCGCCUUCUCUUUGCCGGCGGACCCUGGCGAGUUCUCGUUGCAGUUCGUUGUCGAACGGCAGGGACAUCCGCACGCAAGGUGUGGACUUGCGCUUUGCCUUCUCGAGGCGUUAAAUGACUCCACAGGCGGUAGCGAUCAUCCGACGCCGGAUGUACAUCCAACAUCAAAUAGCCAAAGGGGCGGGCCGUGAUGCGUUUAAAUAGGCGCAAGACUUGACGCCAUCGAUCCGGAAAGGCUUGCAAUAAAAUCGUCCGUAUCCCUGUUUGAUCCCGGGGGUUUUUGAAGGCCACAAUGUAAUGCGCGUUGCGAUUGAUGGUCUUGGAAAAUUUGCCCGGCGGGAAUAAAUCUUGCGUCAAAUACAGCACCGUAAUGUUGCGAUGAUGCGAAUCUUUGGUGAACAAAUCCAACACGCGCUUGUCUUGUCCCCCUUCUUCCAUCAGGUCGUCCAAGACCAACACCCCGCCGCGCGUCCGACCAAACCAUUGCGUCAAAUGACGAGGGUCCGGUAAUCCGCGAUGAAAUUGAAUCCCAUCCUUUUUUUGCAUACGCUCGAAUCGGGGUUGCCAGCGAUCAUAAGCAUACACAAUCUUGCGGGGUUUGACUUGAAACACGUUCAGGUACCGUAACCAUUGUUCCACCAAGUCAGUCUUGCCACUGCCCGACGGGCCGGCGAUGAUCACACUGCUAGGUUGUCGGAUCAUGAUUCCCACGGUCGAGGGUGACGUCGAUAAUGACCGGUGGCCCCUUUAGCGCCCAUGCGUUUAUACCGUUUGUCCCGUCCCAAUUGGUCGCCGAUUUUAUAGGCUUUGGCCAACACGCUCAUGAUACCUCGUCCGUUUUGGCGAAAGCGGGGUCGUCGGGUGCGCUGUCGUCGUCGUCGUCGUCUGGGCAUACUGUCCAAUACUCGCGGUAUAAGCGGGGCGAUUCGGAUUGAAUCAGGCCUUCCAUGGUUUCUCUUAAAUACGUUUCGCUCAUGCUAUCCAUGUACUGUUUGAGGGAGACCCAAUCUUGGUCUUGCGCCAAUUGUCGGGCCAUGAGCCAAUGAUACCCAUCCCAGGCAUCGAUGCCUCGCACCGUAUUGACCUUUUCGAUGGGGUGUUCCCACCAAUACAAGGUUUCUUCCAGAAUGAACGCAUCGACCACCCGCUGGACAUCGGCUCGCGUAAUCAUGAUGAACUACAAUGACCACUCGUGGACCACACACUUCGUUUUUAUGGGUUUUAUUCAACACUCACAAUGAUUACAAGUGAUAAAGGCCUGGCGGCUCACAUUCUUUUGCCCCCCGUCGGGUCGGGCAUCGACUUCAUCUUGUAAUUCCCGUUUGAUCACUCGUUUCAACUGCUCGGCCACUUUUUGAUCAUUCAACACUAAAUUGUCGCAACUCCAUUGACUUAAAAAUUCUUGAUACGACCGUCCUUGCGCCCGGGCUUUCAAGAAAAAUAACGCAUAAUGGCCACAGGUUUGACUAUCCAGGGCUUGCAGGGUCUGGUCACUGCGCGUCAGGUACUUCCAUUGACCCCACCAUUGGUGCAACUCCGGGUUGGUGUACACGUGCAGGGGUAGACCAUAACUGUCAAAGAUCUCGCACUGGUUCUUUUCUGUCCAUAGACCCAACCAAUGCUGUCCCGGUUCUCCCGCUGGAUCGGUGUUGACAAUGUAGGCUUGACGGACACUCGUGGCGGGGGAUCGGGGGAGUUGGUCGGCUGGAUGCACCCCAUGAAACACGCGUCGUAAUUCGGGAUCCUCCAAGGCCAGGGUCCGCAACACCGUAUCGCUGAGCGCCACAAACUCCAUGACCAGUGUCUUCUGACUUCUGAGGCCAUCUCAUCCGUUGAUGUUGUACUUUAUACCUCCCAGAUGAUUGAUCUCGUACAUGUUUUCAUAUUCGCUCCAUACCAAGAUAGUGACGUUAUGACCGACAGCUGCAGUAAAAUCAAUCACCAGUCGCGUAUUGCCCGAUUGACGGGGGUUACGGUACUGGGGGUCAUCGGCUUUGCCACUGGGCACAUUGUUGAACAUGAACAACGUGCAGUUCUUGCCUUGUCCCCAAUCACCAGGCAGCAGCAUGGGGAUCUUAUCUUCACUGUAAACACCCAUGGCUUGUAGAAAUCGAUCGUAGCCCAGUAGAUCUUCAUAGGCUUGGUCUCCAGUCAAUUGCAGGGUUCUGUAAGGGUAUUCUUCUCCAUUCAAGGUCUGUCGUACUUGGGUGACACCAAACUUUUGAAAGGCAAAAGGGUAUCUUUCUAGGUCUCCAUUGAAGGCAUCCGAAUGCAAUAAUCCCACCAUCACUCGGUCAGGAAAUCGUCCCACAAACACAUUGUCUUGUUCCCACUGGGUGGUACGCCCAUCAAAGGAAAACGUGCGAAUUUCGCUCCGCACGACAGGGUAGCGGGCAAUCUGUUUGGCAAUCUGUCUUUCUUUCUGCAGUCUGACAUAGACACUGGCAUUCAGGGUCACUUUUCUCAUCAACAAAGUGACUUUGAUGUCAUCAUUGUGGAUGGCUGGAAUUUUCUUGGUGGUCAAAGUGCCUUUGUUAGGGCUGCCCAUCAAGUAGAUGGUUUUGGGGUUGAGGAAGAGUUCAAAGUCCAACUGAACAUUGGGAACCAACAAUUUGCCUGUCUUGAGGGGUGGCAAAUGGGGACGAACAAUGAAGGUGUGCCAAUGUUCACCCAGCAACUUGCUGGUCAGGGUUCGCAAGUCUGCAUUGCCACUCCAAUCCGCGGCCACAGGGACAUCGGAAUUGGCGGCUGUAGCUCCUAUUUCUUCUGCCACAUUGAGCUGAUUGAUCCAUCCUUGGGGGGCUAGUUUGGUGGUUCCUUCUUCUCGGUUGUAAUUCAGGAGGGUUUCUAGAUAGGCUCUGUAAUGGUAGGUGUUGCUCUGUUCAGUCAUGAGGACGCCAUUCAUGCUCAUGGUAAUAUCUCGAAAGAUGGAGUGACCGAAAUUGUUGACGCAGUAGACAUGUCUGGUUUCGUUGGCAUUGGAAAUGAGCAGACCAGCAUGCAAUCCUGUAUACCCAGCGGCGGGAUCGGUCAGGCGUACUUUGACUUUGAAGCGGAGAGAAUUGAGAUCGUAAUAAUCGUCGGAGCCUGGAAUGGAGAAGGUGAUGGGUUGGAUACCCGUCAAGGCGGGUUGAAACUCCACCUCCCGCGAGGCUUCGUACCGAUAAUCCACAUCGGGCACGUCAAACAGACUGAGCGACAUGAUGCGGUCUGUCCACGUUGUUCAACGGCGUCCUCUUUUUAUACCCUUUUGUAGUCUGUGCCAAUCAUGGAUGGGAAACGCGGAGGGAAAGGGGCGGUGAGGAAAAUCGAUUUGGAUGCGUUUUUUCAACUUGCUAAAGACAUUGCCCCCUUUCUGCUUCUUCUGCUUCCUGGCUUUGGCUUGGUUGGCCCACAACACUUUUCGGAGAUCCCCCUGGCCAAAGAUCGUGCCCCCUUUCAUACGUUUCUUGAUCCAACGGUCCAUCAUGGCCUUUUCUUGGGCGGCUGAGAGGACCUUCAUGGGAUCCCCCAUGCGCAUGCGAGUGGACGUGCCAAAAAUCGUGCCCCCUUUCAUGCGGCGCAGGGCCUGCUUCACCCUCCAGGGUUCGGGGUUGAUCCGAUGCGUCGUAUUCAUCAGGGGAUAACGCGCCAUGGUCGACUUGCCAAAAAUCGUGCCCCCCACUUGAUACGGCGAAAUGAACCGUCCACGGGCGCGUUGCCGUCGAACACGAUUUUGCGAUUUGAGAAAGCCUCCUACACGUACCAUUUUUCACAGUCCAAAGAUAUCCCGUACGCGUUGCGUGGCUCUUUUAUAGGUAUUUUGGGCAGUCCGUUUAACCUUGUGUUUGCCAGUCGUCCAAGCCAUGGCAGGGGCUUUGCGUUUCAAGCCGCGGCUGAGUUGGGCACUUCGAUCGGCCCACGUGUCCGCGGCACUCUUGCCACGUUGAAUAUCUUGCAGUCCCGCUUGAGCUUGUUGCACAAUUAGGGGUCCCGCCAGUUUGAUCAAGUCUUCCGCCAAGCCUUUGCCCUCUUGCUUAGUGACCACGGGCGUAUGGUACCGCGUUAAACUGCCUCCGCGCAUGGUUCACGUCGUGGUGCUUUUUGAUGUUCCAGAACACGUGGGGUGGCUUUUUAUAGCUGUUUGAGACCAAUGGUCACCAGGGUUUUGCCCGGGGGUAGGAUGGUCAGGGGUCCACUGGUACUGGCAAUUUCCACUUCCAAGAUAUCCAUUUGUUGGCCUCGUACUUUGAUCCAUUGGUGGUGCAAGGGUUCGGCUGUACUUUCUCCUUCCCCUGUUCUCAAUAAUUGCACUUCCCGUAACAGGGGAUACUUGCCACUGCCCACCACGGUGGAUUCCACCAGGUCUGAGUACACCAUCACGGUGCGUUUGCUGGUGCCCACCAUCUUUUCAAACGAAGCAUCCAGGUUGUUGAACUGCCAUUCUACCAGCCUGGACAGCAAAAGCCGUUUUCCGUUGACCUCAAACAUUUGAUCUAUAUCGUCGUCAUCGGUCAAAUCCUUGGGUAGCAUCCCGGCAUAAUGCUCUCCAUUCCAAUUGAGAUCCGCGCGAACAGAGGGGUAGGAACUGUGGUCUGGCGGGGUUUGGCUCGUGUAGGUCACGGUAGGGCACGUGAAUUGGAGAUUGGGCCCCAGCACAUACCCCUCAUCCACCCCUGCGGGUUUUUCAAUGAACCCAAACCUUUUUGCGAUCUCCAGAUCCAUCAUGAAGGCGCUCGUGACUUUGCUCUUGUUGGCAUUCAUCAAGUCUCCUUUAUCCACGGCAUGCAGCACCAAGGCAUCGCCUUUCCAGCUCAUCAUAGGCAUCCAGUUCUUUUUCACACUGACCACGGGAAAUUGAUCACUAUGAUGGGUCAUGGCAGCACUUUGUUGGUUGAUCAAUGCCUGCAUGACCUUGUUGUGCACUUCUUGCAUCACGCGUUUCCAAAACUCACUGCCGGUGGUCACAGACUGUUUGGCACUCAUGAUUUCUUCCAAUUCCACUCCAUAAUCUUUUUUCUUGAUUUCGACCUGUUUGUACGACCCAGUUACCCAUUUGCGCGUCAAGAACAUGACGCUUAUUUUGACGACUUUGGUGUGAGGAUCCGUCGCAAUGACGGCAUUGCUCUGACCUUGAUCUGGCACGGUCAGGGACAAUAACGAAGCGUGCCAGCCUUCGCCCGGUAAGCUCAGGCGUUCGGGCAGACGGACCUUGAAACUGUUGUUGGCAUUGUUGGGAAACUCGUCGGUCGGAUCACUGAUGAGCGUCAAGCGUUUAAUCUCACUCAUCAUGAGGAAGAAGAGGCACGUCUAAUAAGGUGCAGGGUCCUUUUAUAGCCAAGUCGCCACUUUCUGUUUACUGCGAGGGACGCGUCCCACCACUGAAUUAAAGGUCGAUUGUUUGGGAUGAAAACAUACUUGCUGGGCAAUGUUGGGAAAGGCCCGGGCUAGUUCCAUCAGGGUCAUGCAGGUCUUUUUUUUAGGGGGUUUCUUCUUGCGCAUGGGUGGAUGACGACCGGCGCGUCGACGUUGUUGUUGUUUUUUCUUGGGUGGGGACCGUAGAGCCCCUCGUUGCUUGGCAUACUCUUCGGCUCGAUGGUAAGCAUUGGCGUAGGCCCAUUGCUGUUUGGUGGGACUGGCCAACUUUUCCCACCACGGUUGGGUUUGCCGUUGUUCCGCGGCUUUUGUCUGGAUAAAGUUCAUCAUCUCUGCGUCCGUGGUAGGUGUGUCAUCGAGAAACUGCACCCGCUUUUUUCUUUUUCGAGGCGUGAGUUUGACGCGGACCAUGUUGCGCGGGAAUCCAACUAUCGUACUUGGCCGGCCACCCUUUCCACCGAACCAAGACUUGACGUCCUUUGCGUUUCAAGACUUUUUCGAUUCGAAACAAUGAAUCGUCCGACACUUGGACUUUUUGCACAUCGGGUUCGUAAAACGUGCCUUUUAUAGGGGUGCCGUCCCAUUCACUGAGUCGAUAGGUGACCACGGGAUGACGACGGACGUGCGUGACCACAAACACUUCUUCCGUCCAUCCUGGUAAAUACCCUUUUUUGAAAGGACGAUGUUUUUUGUUGAGACGCACUCGAUCCCCUACGCGACAUUUGGGUGGGGGGAUCUUGGGCUUCAACCGUGAUCCAUAGAGUCGAUCCCAUACCUCGGACUCGUUUCGAAAGGUGACUUGAUGCGGGGCCAUCCCGAUACUGCGAUGAUAGGCGUGAUUGUAGGUAUAGAUCAAGGGUUGCAAGACGUCCACGUACCGUAACGUAUUGUGCGCAGUGAAAUACCGGUACAUGCGUUGUUUCAAGGUGCGAUGCCAUCGUUCCACCACCGAGGCCUUGCUAUCCCCAUACGUGAAAAAAUGAUGCCAGCCGUGUUUCUUGAACCAGGCUUGGACCUUUCGAUUCAAAAAUUCUUGGCCUUGAUCCGUUUGCACACGGAGGGGUCGUCGUGGUGAGGCCCGUCGGCGUAUCGCGUCCAACCCUCGGAUCAUGUUGGCGGCACUCUUGGAUUUGAUGGGCACGGCCCAGGCAUACUUGGACAGGACAUCGAUGACCGUUAACAAAUAUUUGUGGCCUUGGUUCCACCGACUGAGUUUUUGCAUGUCCACUAAAUCCAUCUGCCAUUGUUCGUCGCGGCCAAAGACCAAGGUGGGGGUGGUGGGAAACCGCGUCCGUCGGGGUUUGUGGAGCGUAUAGCUCAACACGGAUUGAAGAAUCCGUUGCGCUUGCGGGGUUUUCAAUUUAUGGGCUUGGGCAAAGGGUUGGACCCCACCCAAGGCCCCAGGUGCUUGGGGAUCUUCGUAAGCGCGUGGCAACGACAUCAAGACACUGACACAUAGUCUGAGUCCAAUUCUGUCUUUAAUAGUUUUUCACCUACAUGAAUUUUCAAAACAAACACGAGCUCCCAAAGUUCUUAUGCAAAUGGCGCCUUCUCUCAAACUCUCGCUCCUGGGCUUGGACAGACUCGCCAAACUGUUUUAACCAUGGAUCAUACUUCAUCUGUUCUAUCUCGGGGUCUGGCCUCUCACCAUAACGCAUCUCUACAGUGUGCAUGCCCCAGGGUCUCUCCUUCUCGGGGUCUUUUCCUUUCAAAAGAGGGACAGGUGUGUCUUUCACCCAUCGUCUCAGGGUUGGUUGCGCUUGCUCUCGGGGACACCAUAGAGGACCAUGGAGCCAUUGAAAGUAACCGCAGGGUUUGGCAUGGGUGAGAAAGCUCCCACAACUGAAAAACACUUUGUUGUAAUUCUUGGCGGUGCGACUCAAUUUCAUCUUGGGAACCAACCCACAUUUGCACUUGAGUUCUCCGUGUUUGAUUCGGGCAUGGACUUGAGGAUGCGUGUCUUCUUUCAAUUUCUCCAUCAUCACCUCUCGCGUGUCUUCAAACAAAUACACGGGACACCCUGGUUGGGGACACUUGAACCGCAAGGGACCAAAUUGGGCUUGGGGGUUGACGCAUUCCAGGAAUUGAUGGGGAUGAAACGGGCAGGCUUCAUACAGGAGUUGGUUGAGCUGGGUGUCCAUCUGGUCCAGGAUUUCCCAUUCCCCUACUUCCGUCGCGGGAUCUGAAUGAAACGUCCCUUCCUCUACACAUUCUUCCUUAUAGUCUUUCAGGGUGCCCUCCAUCAGGUCGUCGAUGGGCGAGGGUGUAGGGGGUGGCCGUGGGUCGUCGGCUUUAGGCAAGGCAUUGAGAGCCAUCACCAGUUCGCUGGUCGGGGGUUGUUUGGCUUUCAUCUCUAGGAGUUCAGCUCGGGACAACCCAAGCUCAGCCAUCUCCUGAUCAUGAUCCGCUUUCAUCUGUGCAGCUCGCGCUUGGGCUUUCUCCUCUUCUUGUUUUUGUUUCUUACUGACGCGACGUCGUUUGCGUCCCGACGGCACGGCUGCAGGUUGAGUGGCUUGACGAUCCAUCCUCCCUCGACUGACGAAUGACUUCAAGGGAGCGUCUACCCGGCCUUUUAUAACCCCUCCUCCCACGUCUCGUGAUGCCACUCGUGAUACUCAUACGAUCCUUUUUCCACCAAUCCGGACUCGUUCUGGGCUCUCGUGAUGAUCGUAUGAUCUUGGUCUCCACCAAUCAGCGGCUAUCCCAGGGGCUAUAAAACCAGCGAAGCGUCUACGACCCCCUCUCAUUCGUUGCAGUCCACUUGACACGGUAAGCAUGGCACUCCAUGAAGUGGGUCUCUUGGUGUUCAGUCAGGGGUUUGCCCUCUCCCGCGACGAGUAUAUCAUUCGAGAACUGGCUUUUUGUGAUUGGACAGGGCAUCAUCAUGGAUUGUUCAAAUACCUGUUACCGAAGGGUGUGUCGUACCAUCAAUUAUCCGAGGAGGCCCGAACCCGAGUGGAUCGUCAGACCCAGACCGUGCAUGGCUUGCCCUUCGAACCGUAUACAGCGUACAAUCGCCAAGACUUUCAUCCCUACGAUCAAAUGCGAGACGAUAUCACCCGUUGGUGUCAACAGCAUCUCACCCCCCAGCGGAAUCGGAUCGGGGUUCACACGCUCAAUGGACUGUAUCGACUGUUCCAUGAGCCCCCGUUUGCUUACCCUCUCGUGGUCUUGGAAGGGCAGGGGUGUGGGGACUUGGCCAAUCUCCCUAUUGCCACCGCCAAUGUCAUGGCUCACCACGAUCAUGGUCGCAAUUGGUGUGAGGAUCAUUCUCAUGGAGCCCGUGGGAGUGGUAUCUGGCAUGAUCAUUGCGCGCAUGUGCGGGUCUGUCAAAUGAGUGGAUGGUUACGUCGCCAGACCCAUGUCCUACCCACCCUUUCGCAAGUCAACGCCCAACGCGUAUUGUGGCAAAAACGGUGUGAUCGAUUAUUAGACGAACUGUUGUGCAACUUUUGUAUCGAGGCCAAAGACCAGGCGUUUGCUAAUGGUCAAGGACUGGAUUGGAUCCCGGAGGAUUGCGAUGAUUGUCGUAGCGUCUUACGUGUCUUUGAACAAACCGUGACCCAACGGGAAUGGGAUGUGCCCCUGAUGUACGCUGAUGAUGAACCACAUUCCAUGUGGGCUUGGACGCCCAUCCCUCGUCAUAAACACUGACUUUUUUUUAUUUUUUUUCACAGAGUAUGCCUUUGACUAUUUACACCGGAGGAGCUAAAGGGGUGGACACGCAUGCGGAGCGAUUAUGUCACUUGUAUGGUCAUACCUGUGUGGUCUUUAUCCCACCCUGUCACCCUCGAUCCAAGUCUCUCACGCCCUUGACUCAAUCCCAGUUGGAUGCGGCCACACCGACCGUCACCCAGGUGGCAUUUCGAUUGGGUCGACAAAUCCAUCAUCCCAUCAGCCUCCAGUACAUUCAACGCAAUUAUUACGUCAUUCAGCCGGCGUCCCUUGUUCUCGCGUUGGGUCAUUUUGAUGAAUAUGGCAAGCAUCUGUUGGGAGGUACAGGCUGGGGUGUGAUCAUGGCCCAACUUUUAGGCAAACCCCUCUAUGUAUUCGAUGUGGAUAAAGAACAAUGGUAUUGGUGGAAUCCCACCUCCCAAGAGUAUCAAGUCUGUGAGGGCAUGACCGAGGAACAAAUCGCUUUACCCACCCUCCAAGACAAGACCGCCAUUAUCGGCACCCGAGAAGAAGACCCUGUCCUCUAUCCCACCCUGGACGCUUUAUUUAAACGUCAAUAAACAAACACUGUUUCAUAGAACAAAUCACAUGUGCGUGUUUUUAAUUCACAUCAACAAUAACAAGAUCCAUGGCAUCCAUCACUUUAUGAAUCAAAUCCAGUCUCGUCAUGACUUUGUCUAUGGAAUCGUACGAGGGCUUCCUUCGGCCAAUCAUGACGGGGCGCUCACCCAAGGGUGUCUCGGGAAUCCGAUGGGCGAAUUGCCUAAUGACAAAGGCAAUGCCCUCAUUCAUCAACCUAUCCAGAUUGGGAGGGACACGGGCCAUCUCCGCCAUCAUGCCAACCUAAAACCAGACAAAAAAAAAAUGUUUUUGUCAGUGUCAAGGUCAUGAGAAGAAGGCAAAAAACAAAAUCACUCACCGACAUCCGGUGAUCCGACAUGCGAUGGCAAUGGUGGCACCCAUUGGUCCUGGGGGCAUGCAAUCGCACGAUCACUUGGUUCCAAGUCAGGCCCUCGCCUAGGUGCUUGGGAUACCCUGUCAUGGCGCAUUUGGGCAACCCUUUGAACUCUCGCACCACUUUUUUACGCUUGUCCAUCGUGUAAAAACACUCCACCCAAAACAUGAUCUUCACUUGCACUUCCAACGGGAGCACGUUGCCAAACGGUUUAUUCCUGGGGUCGACCAACCCUCGGCAGUCCAUGAUGACAGUGGCCAAGCAUGGAAUGGGCUCUCUCCACUCUAGUCUGCCUUAGUUAUCCGUUCCUUGGACCAAUCACCCACUCGUACCAGGCCUUGGAGUCUCACCCAAAAAAGUGUACCCAUGGGGGGUACCCCCUAGAGUCUCCUCUCGUGGUCAAAUUCCCUCACGUGAUGUCUCUCCACCAAUCAGUGUCUCUCAUGGAGUCUCUAAAUCACGUUGCGCGCUCUGUGUGAGCUCAUUCCAGUUUGAUCAGCGUUGCUAUUCAAGAUGGUGAGCUCUUUACAAUCGAUUGUGCUGUUCUCGGUACCGAUUGCGGUUCUCAUCGACAUGUUGAAGAUUCUCCACCAACUGCCUAUGGGCCAUGAGUUGUUCUGCGCGCUAUUCCGCAGAUGUACGCAUGAAGAGUUGCGGGAUUGGGCCAAGACGUUCCCGUGGGACCACCCGAUCGCCCGGAAAUUGGAUCACGAGGUGCAUCGGCGCCGCAUGGCUGGUGAGUUUCAUAGUUUUUUUUCGGGGUGUGGGUCCCCUUUUUUUUUCCUUAUACCUUUUUUUUUUUUCAUAGAGGUAUUCAAGGGGUUUGAGUUUCUACGCACCGUGUUGUGGCCUGUCCACCUGUGUCUUUGCCCUCGACGAGCUCAACUCAAUUGGGCCGCGCGGUUCUGGGUUCCAACCUGUUCGUGUUGAUUUUUUUGUUUGUUAGAUUCAUGGGAAUAUGUGGAAAAUCAGCCUGUUUGUCAUAUAUACCAGUGGAUCGCUCAUCCUACUCAUGGCGGAGUCUGUAACCAUUGCGAGAGAAUGAUGGAUGGGUUUCGCAUGGAUGAUGUGAUAGCUGGCAACUGGGAGGGGACCCUCACCGAAGAUGAAAUUGUAGACUAUGUACAGAGUGGGGACCCUAACCAUCGGGAUUGGGACGAUUUUCCGUUACGUAUGACGUUCCGAAUUAACACGUUUCUCCGGAGACAGGGUGAUGUGGGUGAACCCGAUUUGGCAGACCUGGUUUUUUAGACGAUUAAUUUCAGUUCAUUUUUUUUCACAGGCACACAUUGCCUGUUACGUGAUCAUUUGCAAUGGAUUCCGAGUGUGCACUUUUUACACUCCCAUUUUUUCCGAAUCCUGACUCGUUCAUUUUUCACCUCUUUGUAGGUUUUCAUUUCACACUAAAACAAUAUGGAGGAUGGGUUCGACCCUUUCAAUUAAGAUGUCAAUAUAGUACGGUCCAAUGUGUAAUUCAACUUCAUGAAAUAUUUCAGAUGUGAUUGAGGUCAUUGACCAAUGGGGGUGGAUCCUUCCCUUGCAACACCGAUGCCAUAUUCAUUGUGUUCGACAAUUCAAUCAAUUCUGUAACAAUACUGCUUUUUAGAGACCCGUACCCGCCUCCAGAACAGCCGCUGGUUCCGAGACCCCGUGGCUUUUUUACUUGGAACAGACAUGAAAGACAUUUAUUAUUAUUGAUUUUUUUCAAAAUUUUAGAGACACAUACCCACAUCUACAACAGUUGCUUCUUCCUAGACCGCUUUGUUUUCUUACUCAUGAAGACAAAAUAUUAUUAUUAAUUUUUUUCAUAGAUUCGCAUACUAUUCUCAGCACCCACAGGGUUCACGGCACGUCCGCGGCCUGGUGUUUUUGUGGUAGUAUCGUGCAGUGGUACACUGGACCAGGGGUCCCUCUUCCACCGUAUCCAAGACCCCUCAAAUUACUCUGUUGUCGUUGUUUUUUGAAUUUUCGUCGCGUGCAAGAUUUACACGUGCCCUGUUAUUGGUGUGAGAUGUUGCAAGGCAUGGGUUAUCCACCCCGUCCUUGAAAACCUGUUUUUUUUCGUUUUCAGAUACUCGUUUUGUCAUACGAGCUAUUUACCUCCCUUCCCUUUUUCAGCCACUACCCAGAUAAUCCUGAAACACACCAGGUACACGAGGUUUGGACCGGGAAGACAAUUGUAUUUCACGUGCAAUGAUUGUUGGACCUAUUCACGGCAUGUGUCCGUCCUCUCUGAACCCUGUUGGGGAUGUUACAUCUUAGAAAGCACAGGAUGGGAAUUUUGAACAUUCGGCAGGGGGAGGUCUGCAUGGUGGCGCCACCCCUGUUGAAUGUUCAUUUUUCAUUUUCCUUUCAUUAGAUUCUCAUUGGAUUAUACAAGAUAUCAUGAUUUUUCGAAGCUGGCCCAUCCCUCAUAAACUCUGUAUUGUUAAUCAUCAAGGAUGGUCCAGCUUACUCCAUUUGUUCAAACUCAAACGUUGAUUUUUUUUUCUUUUUUCUUUCAUUAGUAUGUCAUUGGUUCUUAGAUACUCAAACUAAGAUAUUGAUGUUUUAUUAGCAUGUCAUUGGAUCUUAGACCAUUUUGAUUAUAAUAAAAUAUCAUUGUAAACAAUCAUUUCAAGGGCGUGACACCACUCGGGCGUCACAUACGUCCCACAUGUAAUAAAGUCUUUUGUUUUUUGUUUGUUUUCCAGUCAAUCAUUGGAUAAUAAACCAUCGUCUCGUACGUGCCAAUGGUCGACUGUAUCUCAUUCAGUUUGCUUCUUGGAUCUAACCACCCCUCCUCUAAUUUGUUUUCAGGCACCAAUGCCACGUUCAAAAUUUAUUUAAUCAAACCGUGGUCAUUCACAGGUUUCAACCACUAUAUCAAAUGGCCUCAUCCAGCGCUCAUGACUUCUGCCUCUAGGAAGCAAACACCCUUUCUUAUGUUCACUUAUUAAUGUCAAGGGCGUGACGUCACUCGGGCGUCACACACGUCCCGCAUGUAACUAGGCUCAUUCGCGACUCGUCCAUUAAAAAAUCAUGUGUGGAUCUAAAAUCUUGUGUGUUUUUCUUGACUUUGGGGAUGCGAGGGGUCUGGGACUACUUUUCAUGACUUGCGCAUGCGCAGUAGGUCUACGCGGAAAUAGGUUCACCGGCAUGCGGGGGACCUGGGGAGUCGUCUGGCGGUCUGCGCAUGUGCCUACGAUCUCAUUCACGUGAUUGCGCAGGGUAAACGCUUGGACCUCACUGCGCAUGCGUUCAACUAUCAGACUCUUCUCAUUAAAACUAUGCCAAGCAUGUAGAUUCAACUCUUGUGUGCGUGUGUUCUUUAUUCCUAGAGGUCACGUGGGUUAAAACAAUGGGUGUGACGUCACAAAAGUCACAUGGUCCAAAUGCGCGAUUCUGAUUGGUCGAGACCAAUUUUGCUGCGCUCUGAUUGGUCAGGACCUACUGUAGCCAUCCAUACUACUCCCGUGCAGAGACCUGUAAACCAUCGUAGCUCUUUGAAAUUGUUGCUGGCAAGCUAGGUUUUUCCACCCUAGAAGUUUGAAAAGGUGACCAGCAUCUACGUCAUAGCUUGAGUAGGUCAAAACACGGGCUGCUCCGUUUUGUAGCUUUUGAACCUUAUUCCGUAAGGUUAUCCCACAGUUUCCCCAAACAAUGUUGCAAUAAUCAAAGUGUGGCUGUAUUAAAGCUUGAUAUAUUAGUUGUAAGGUCGCCUGAGGGACAAGGUGCCUUAUUCGUUUUAUGGCCCCAAUACCAAAACGCACUGUUAGAGAACUGUUCUUCCGGCUGAAAUACUCAUGCAUGAACUCUGCUGUCUCUAUUCUGAUCAUUCGACAUUGUAUUUUUAUUUAAUCAGUGCCUUUCUUCAUACUGUACUGUAUUUUAUUAAAAAAUGCUUCAUUGUUAUGAAUUUUACGCUUCCCCGCUUAUUUCGAAACCCCACUAUUUCGAACUUUUUUCCAUUUCCCUUGGGACUUCGAAAUAGCGGGGUUCGACUGUAUGUUAAAAACUUGAGUCCUUUUUCUCAGUAACUAAAAAUUUCUUAAAAAAGCUUUUUUAAAAAAACGUGAGUAACUGUCCAAAGCUCUUAGAGAUCUUGGUAUAGAGUUCCAAUCCUUAAUAGAACAAACUGUAAAAGAACGACCACCCACGGUGGCAUAAUUAUAUAUAGAACAAAACAAAUUUAAAUUACAGUAUCUUGUAUUCCUCAUAUGCAUGCUAGAAAUUUGUAACUGGAAGUUCAUUCAUACAAUUAGGAGUGUUUCCUUUAAGUUUGUUGUGAAUGAGUGGGUACCAAUUUAUGUGCGACUCCCUAUAAAAAGAAAUCCAAUUAAGUGUAUUAAACAGGUUCAUGGAUCUUGAGUUAAAAGGUGCAUUCAGUGCAAAGUACAAAGUGAGAAACGUAACGCCUCAACACACCACAAGACAGGAUUUCCGUGUUAUAAUUUUUCUUCAUCGAGGGAUUUUCUUUUUAAUACGCGUGCAUAAUUACACGAAAAACAAGGGCGUCGAAUCGGGGAAAAUUACAUCAUUGCCAAAUUAACAGCUAAAAGCCUGAUAAAUUUACAUGCGUCAUUUCAGUCAUCGCCGAAAAUAAACCGCAUGCUCAUCACGAGACUCAUUUGCAUACAACGAAAGUCGUCACGAUUCUUAUCCCCAGUUUCUAAGCGCCUGGGACCAUGGCCGACCAUUUGGGGAAGACCGACGAAAAAACAGAAACAAAAGAGGCCUGCAUUUUAAGAGUCUCGCUCUGCUAAGGCAAGCUCGACUAAUAAAGUUCCUUAGUUUGGAGUGAUCACACUCUUCUACGUUGUCUUUAUUUGAACUUGCAAUAGAUUCGACAAAGAAGAUUAAAGAUUUUGCAAUCUUUUCCGGCUCGGAGACAGAGCUACCAUUGUAGUUCAUAGAAUGAAGUCCAUAGAAUAAAGGUGGUGUGAGCUGCAAAAAAAGGAAGGCAUGAUCUUCGCAGUUAUUCUCCCAUUUUUAAGUAUUUUCAAAUUAUGCCCGAAAAAAUUUCAGGGCUUCAACGGGUUCUCGAAACCGUGGCCCCGACGUUACCUAUUCAUCAAUAUUCAUUGCCAACGAGGCAACCGAGCUAGUAAGAAGCGAGGUUGACUUGGCGGCAGAAUUAUAACGCCGCGCAAUGUAGGCAAAAACUCUCAAAUUCUGCGUAACCCUCUAAAAUUUGCAUUUUUGACAAUAUUUGGGUGCAAGACCCCAUAUUUGGGUAGUGACGUCAUGGUCUUGUAUUUACAACUCGUGGUUCAAGAUUGGGUGAUUCAGUGUGCAGCUGUUCGUUGUCUGUUCAAGAGGACCUAACUGGUGAGCAAGCUUUAGAACGAUUUCUAGUUUGAAAUGGCCAAUUAGUUCUCUGGUUUGCUUUAUAAAUUGUGUUUAAAGCAGCAGAAGAUCAAGGAAUAGGGUUUUACGCUCAGAUUUUUAUCAAAACUAGCUUGUUCUUUGCAGCUCGAUUUAUAUUGAGGUUGCGUGUUUGCUCCUCGACUCAGAACCAGGGUUUUCAGCGUUCUCUUUUCCUUUGUGAACUGAAUUUUAAGCGGUAGUUGAUCAAGGUAUAGGGUUAUAUUCUCAAAACUUAUACCAGCGUGUUCUUCGCUGGUCGAUUUACAUUGAGCCAGUCCUCACCUCCCGUGAGGCAUAAAACGUAUUUGCGGACCUUUUUUUAAAAAUUUAUUUAUGUUUUUCGAGAGAUUUUGUUAACUAUCAUGUUUUUUUUGCUGUUCGAUUUACACUGAGACAGCCCAAAACUCCCGUGGGAGUGCAACGAAUUUGCGGACUUUUUUUUUUUCAGACUAUCAUUAUGCCUUUCAAGAGACUCUUUGUUCUAUGACACUCGCCCAUUAGAUCUUUGCAUUUUAUUCAAGUUUAUAUUUUUAUACCUCUAAUACAUUCCGCCCCAUUCUUGCGCGCUUUUCACACAUUUUAGUUUACACCAAUUUUCUUCUUAUGUAUAUUACCACGCAAAAUAUUUUUCUUAUCCCUGAUGACGCUGUUGUUCGGAAUUUAAUUAUUAUUUUUAAUUUCAGAAGUCAAAGGCCUCAUUUGAACUAUAUUUUUCUUUCUAGCUUUAUAGCUUUGAUACAAUGGAAUUUUCCAAGAAACACAAGUGAUAAGUUGCUCAUAUUUACCAACAACGCUUCAAGCCAUGUUGUUAUUGUUCAAUAAAAGUGAAAGCCUAGAAUGUGCCAAAGUUGUUGUUUGGAAGUUGGGUGCCAUCCUUUUCUAUAGCGGAAUCCAUUUUAAAAGUCUAAAAUUUGAAAGAGGAUCUGAAUAGGCACAUUCCACAAAAGAUAAACGAAUUCGCCUCAUUGGCACUUGCCGGAAGGUACCCCUAGUUUAGAAUGGAAUAACUUUUAUCUUGGAGAACGCUUACCUUACCUACCUCGGCUCUUGGCGCUCCGUCACUCAAAAGACCUUUACACGUUUCUGUCAACCUGCUAUCUUGAAAAGAGUGUCUGGUUUCUGUAAUGAUAUUUUUUACGAGGAUGGGACACUUACCCAUCGCCCACUCCCCAACCCAGAGGGCCAGGCGUUGCAAUUUAUAUGGCCUUUUACCCAUAACCUGCCCAGCACUGUUUAACCCACCAGGGACCAAGGUAUCCACUGGCAUAGCUUCCAGGGUCAUGAAGGCACCCAAACCUCCUUACCGCGUUUAGGCGAAACACUUAGGGAAGGAAACUUAGAAACUUAGGAAAUGCAUUUGAAAGAAAUUGUAAGAGCUUCAGCACGGUUUCUUAAAGGCUUUCCUUGUUGGACAAGAUUCUUAUUAAGUAAGUUGAAUUCAGAUUUUCUAUAUUUAACAAAUUUUCAUUCGCAAUACAAAAAUCAAGGAUUAAACACAAAUUUUGAUGAUAGGUCAUAACAAUGUCGUAAAACUAGUAAUGUACAUUAUCUUUUUACAAUAUUGUUGCUUAUGUAGUUCUUUUUUUCUCGCCAGUUUUUUGCUCAUCCAGUAAUGUACAAUUUGAUGAAGAAAAAGUGGUUUGGAUCAUUUGGAAAAAUGAAAAAAUCCUCUUGGCUGGAGCUUGGAUGGUGGAAAUGGAUUGUUCUCAACAUUUGGUGUCUAUUUGACAUUGUUUUGUUUCCAUUCCUGUUCACUACGUUUUCUAUCAAGGAUUACAUUACGAAGGCUACACGCCGAAGCAAAGGUGAAAAAAAAUUGUCAAAAGCCUUCGUAUUCGAAGCUUUCGUAUGCGGACAUCCUCUUUUAACUGGUGCUUGCAUCGCCCACAUUAAACGACAAAAACUCAUGUAAAAAGUUAAAGCACAUGUAUCACUGUACUUAAAUGAUUGUACAUAGGCCUUAUUAAAAAAUAUAAUACUUUUUGUUUCUUCUCCACAAAUUGCGGUCUUCCCCACAGAAAUUGAGAACCAUGCUUAUACAAAAUUUUGGAGAGAAAACAGAGAGUAUUUGUGAUAUUUCAGAAUAAGGUCUACAUGUAUUUUAUUGUAUUUGUAAGAUGUAACUCAGUGCUACAUGGUCUUUCUCAUGCAUGGUGAUGCUUUGGUGAUACUUCAAAUUCUUUAAUUCCAUCACAGCCUACAUUUUAAAUGCCUCAACACUUGCCCAACUGCCAAGGAAGAAAUGUAUCCAAAAUAUGUUUUGGACAGACCUUUUGCUUACGAGGGUGUCCGUUAAGAAGUCCUCAGACUGUUUACUUGCGAGAUUUUUAAGAUUUAGCAAUUGUUGGAUGAGAAUGAAUAUGACCAGGAGAAUAAUGCAGAUUGCAUAUGGUGGAUUUGGACGAUAACUAGAUCUGCAUAUAUAUUCAGAUCUUACUCAGACCCAUCCGAUAAUUAUUAUUCAUUUAAAAUACUUCAAACAGAAGGUGCUUUCCACGAUCGAUGGCAAGUUCACGCAAGUUAGAAUGACUUUACUUGCCUCUCCCUCCUCAAAUUCAGGAUACAAAGGAAUCUUUAGUAGAGCAGAUAUUCUUCAACUAGCAGUUGCUAUCCGUCGAGUUUCGAAAUGUUUAAGUUCAUGCUAUAUUUUUGGGCAGUAUUCCGCUAAACGUUUUAAAUUUUCCGCCUUUUUCUUUAGCUCUACCAAAACAGCUGAACUAACGCAACCUCGUUCCCAGGGUCUCUCGGUUGCUUUCCUAUUUCUGGUGAUAUUCUGUGCUGUUAACGUUACUUUACUGGAUAUCACAAACCUCUCCAAUUUUGUCCGCAUUUUAUACGAAUUAGCCGGGGCAUUUGCACGAUUUAGAAUACUGUAAUAUUGUACUGUAAAUGAAUAAUGUGUGCGGUUACACGGGACCCUUUUACCGCGGGAAAUUGGCGUAGUGUGUGUGACUGGACUAUCCCGAGAUAAGUUUGCCAUGGGAAAUAUCCAUGGUUACGUCAAAAAGAAGGGAAGAAACCAGCCAGGACAUUUAACGCGAUAAAUAGCUCGGGUUUUUCGAUACCCAAGGUAAGAGAUCCAAUCAGGUUUCUUCGUUUGACAACAACAUGAAACCGCCAAAAAAUUUCUUUUUCAACGGGUAUCUUUCGCACUGUUGAGAGAAAAAUCUCCUGAAAAAUCGAUGUUGACAUGGCAGAUUUCACGUUACGAUGAAAGUAACAGGGACAUUUUAAGGCACAAUUUUGAACUGGUUUGUUGUGCUAGAUGUGGGAACGACAUUUGUUCAAAAUAUGUUCUAUUGUUUGCAUGCAGCUGAACUGUAAAAUGAAAGAUUUAAAAAAAUGCUUUGUACCUUCGCUAACUUAUCAGGACUAACAUAGUACCAGGUGAAAUUUCAGCUAAAUUAUACGUAAAUUUUCAACAUAACAUGAAAUACUGCCAUGAUCGACCGCGAUUAUAAUUAUUACCUCAAUAGCGCGAAUGAAGCCGUAAAAUCGACUAAAUUACCUUGGGAAUUAAUUUACGUUUAACCGCAUACCAGGGUAAACUAAACCCACGUUAAAAUUUACAACGGCUUCGUUAACGUGCGUGGGAAAAUGCCUUUUACCAUAAUGUGUGUAACCCGCGCAUAUAUAAUAAUUAGUGUUUAUCUUGUUCACUUUUUCUGCAUAUGAUAUUUUGUAACCGUGGUUUUAGGAGGCUGCUUUGUUUAUAGGAUGAGAUGCCCUUUUUGGAUUGUCAAUGGCAUAAAAUGUUCUGUUUCUUUUUUUCUUUAGAGAUGUACCUUGUUUUUAUUAUCAGCGCAACAUCUGAUGUCGCUGAUCAAGCUUUCGAACUGACGAAAAACACAAUGAAAUACUUGUUGCGCAAUUACAAGAACCACAAAGUAAAGUACCACAUUUUGAUUCAUGAGGAAGAUGCGACAACGAGGGAAAUGUGUUUUACUGAGGAAUUGUCAGAUAAAGUGGAUGAAUUGACAAGGAAUUCCAAGGUUAAUAUUCCUGUUCUUCACGAAGUUCUGGAUAAAGUGGGUCCAGGUUUUACGCUCUGUCAGGGUAAUCGGACUGACGCUGAAAAGGUAUGUACUAGAUAGCAAAUAAAAUUAAUUUCCGCUUUCUUAGUUGUCAUGUGGAAAGCUUAAUAACCAGAUAUUGCUGGGCGAAGUAUUGUUUACAACGUAAACAGAAACAAAACAAGUAUAACUACCUAAAGACUUCAUAUUCCUCUGAUCGCCUCCUCUUGCCGCCUUUUUCGAGGAACUUCGUAAAGAACAAUUAGCAGACGAGAUGAAGGCUGCAAACGUAAGAUAUUGUCAGCGUUUCGCUAGAUUGGAAAAGUCUAAAUUGGAAAAAAUAUUUAGUACUCGGCGUGAGUUUAAAAAAGUCCAAGAGACGGGGGGAGGGGGUACUCCGGAUUUCAAGUGGCAGGGAUGAUCGAAGAAGCGUUAAUGGUUUUUAAAUCCCUCCAUGGACCUGCCCCUGAGUACCUAAGCUCUAUAUUUAUGGGACGAUCUGAUACUAUUCCAUACACUUUUCUAGAUUCUGUAAAUAAAUUAACUAUUCCACAACCGGCACGCACCUGAAAAAUUACCUUCGUAAAAGUUUUCACUACAGUGGUGCUGUUCUCUGGACCUCAAAUUUUAAGGCCAGUUGAAUCUGUGCGGACUUAUUUCAGGUGAUAUUUACCUAAUUACUGUUACUUCAUGUAGAUUGAGCUUCUUUAAAGUGUGUAUAGCUUGGCCCGGUCAAGCAAAUAAUUUCUUUUUUUAGGUGCUGGUGUUUUUCACAGACCACAAAAUAUGUUUAAAAAGGCAGUACAAAGAGUUUAUUGAGAAAAAAAUUCAGCCAAUCAAAGAAAUGGGAGUGAAGAUUGUACCAGUGGGCAUUGGCUCACACAUAGACAUCCGGGAGUUAGAGAAGAUCAACAGUGACGGACGCAAGGUCAUGCACUUUGGAGAAUAUGCAAAUCCGAAAAUCGUCGGGAAGAGUGUUUCGUACGGUACGCUGUAAUUUAGUCACAGGGAAUUUUACUUGAGCAACUGGAAAAGCGACGCCAACGAAGACGUUCCCUGGAAAAUAAAGCAAAGCAAAACAAACAAACAAAAUACACUGAAAAGCAAAAUUAACAAGAAAUGAACAAUUCUUUUUGUUUUGAAAUGACAAUUUUGACAUUAUUUAGAAUUAUUUACUGCUUCUUUUUUAAAUUUGUAUUUGUCUUUUGCACCUGAAUUGUAGUUGCCAAUUUAUGUGAAGGUUUUCUCGCUCUCAAAAAGAGGAAAAGAAUGACUGAAAAGCCGCGCUUUGUGUAUCAUUGCCGCUGUUUUACAAAUAAUUCUUUCAAUCAAAAUAACAGUGUUACCUAAAAUGAAGCUUUCCAGGAUGUCUAUUUUAUUGGAAAUCGCGAAAAGACUUUAAGUUAAAUCUUGUCCUCGUAGUCUUCCACGUCCUCGAAUCUAAAGGUCUCUACUCCCUAUAAAUUAAGAUGCAAGACUCGGCACUCACCCAGGUUGAGGAAAAAUUGAACACACGCAGUAAAUGGAGCUUCAUGGGAAAACGCUAUUAUUUUUUAGGUAGCACUAGGAUUAUUUGCAACUUAGUUUCUGAUUUAUAAAAUGAUGAAUUGUAUUUUUGCUUUUUUGUCAGAGCUUUAUGGAAAAGAUUUGGUCGGUAAGUUCUGUUUCUGGACGUCCCUGCAGACAGAGUUUGUAUGACGUUGACUGUUUGGCCGAUUGAGCUUUAGAUUACUGAGAAGGCACUGUUUUCAGAAAUUACAUAUCUGAUCCCAUCAAUAGAAUUUUGGUUAUCUUUGGUUCUUUGAGAACAUUGAAUGUAAAUGAUGGUGUGUUUAGCCUUUGCUAUUCUUAGAGACUACAAUUUAUAUACCUACUGUUUAAAUGCACAAUUUAUACAUGCUACAUAUUUUUGAUUGUAUAUACAUUAUUUAUUUCUUCUUUGUAAAUAAUUUUAACUUUUUUGUUGUGUCCCCAAUUAGGUGUGAAAACUAAAUAAGUUGACACAUUAAUAAAACUAUUUCUUACUUACUUACUUACUUACUUACUCUAUUUCCUUGUCAGUGAAUUGAACAUAAGGCAAUUAAAAAAAGUAAACGAUAUUUGAUCUCAUUUUGUGUUCACAGAAAGUUACCGUGAAUACUUUACAACUCCAUAUUUCGUGUUCAUUCGAGACACGCUCAGCUACCUGGUACUGCUUGGUUUACUCGUUGCUCUUUGCCUUGAGUCAUCGACCAUCCCGUUCAGCGGUCUAGAGUGGGCUAUUUUAGUGUUCUUCCUAGGCAGGAUCUUGAUGGAAAGUCGACAGUUCCUAGAUGUCAAAGUACGGCCGAGGCGUCUAGCUGCAACAAAGGAUUUCAGGGGAUCAAAGUACCAAAUCUACAGUGAAACUGAAGAAGAAAUUGAAAGCAGCCCAACUAGAGGAACUCCAUUUCUGCAAAGAUACAAGAAAUAUUUGAGGUAGUGAAGUCUCCUCUUUGAUGGGAAAGUUCCUUAGUUCUGUCAUUAUUUAAGUAGUUUUCGUGCUGAAAAGAGGUAUUAUUUUCCUGUUCAUGAAAAUGUUAGGAGACGUAGCGUUCUACCUAUAAGGAAGUGUUGUAGCCCGGGUAGCAGGCGUUGGAAGGGGUAGGGAAUAGGGAGGGAGGGAAAAGGGGAGGGGGACCGGGAAGAGAGGGUAAGAGACUUUUUUUCUUCCUUCUCUCCUCCUGCUCCUCCUCCCCUUUCGUUUGCGCCUGCCAUGCUCGCUAAAGUGUUGCGUCUUACGGACCAAAAAUUGCUAUACAUCAGAGUUAGGCUUAUUUCAGUGAUAAUUAAGUGAGAGAUUUAUAGAAUUGAAUAGUGAUUUAUACUUCAACCAGUUCUGGAGCAGCCUUAUGGGUAAAUCGCAACGAAAAAAAAAAAUUCUUCAAAAACGCUUUUCCAAGGAUACCAUUCCAAGCCAAAAACUCACGUGGGAGAGAUUCAGAUUAACGACCUGCUGAAAUUAAAGCCGAAAAGCUGAAAGAAAGCAGAAGCAGGGAGUUAAAAGAGAGGAUUACUAUAAAUACAUUUGUACAUCAUUUUCUUCAACUUAAAUAUUGAUUUCCCCUAGUGAUCGAUGGAACAUUCUGGAUUUCAUAACCCUUGUCAACUACAUAGUGACCCUUGUUGUCCGAGUAGUCACGUGGAGCUUGUCAGAAUCUGUCACCGGCAAUCGAGCUCUCGUUAUCGCUGAAUAUCUGUAUGGCCUUAACACCAUGUUCCUUACACUUCGAGCCUUUGGUCACGUGAUGGAAACAUUCAAGGGGAUUGGCGCCAUUCAGAUCGCUUUGUUUCAAAUCAUUGGUGACGUAGUGACGAUAUUCUGGCAGUUUAUUGCAACUAUUCUGGCUUUUUCUAUUGCCAUUACCAAGGUGUACAUAGCAGAAAGAUCAUUUAUUUCCAAGACAAAUGAAGCGGAGUCGUACGUACAAUUACUGUUUGACAUUGUAAUGAAGUCUCUUUUUCUACUUAUGGUUUCUAAUUGUUUGUUGUAAAACUAGAGAAACUAGAAACUAUUGUUUGUUUUUAAACUAGAGAGGGGCCGUUAGUGGAAAAAAAGCUUUGUUUUCAGAAUUUAGCAGAUCAAUAAGUAAAAGUAUUUAUUGCCAUAAGUUAAACAUCGAUUCAUUUUCGAAUGUUUUUGUUCUAUCAACAUUUUUUGUUGUUUCAUGUAUCACCGCGUUAUGAUAAGCCUUUUAACCCUUUGGCAAAGGCUAUUUAGUCUCAAGAACCCGAACUUUUGACCAUAUUCUCCUUUUUGGCCAGUUAGCAAAAGAGGUUUGCAACACUAAGAGCAUAACUUUCUGCUAGUGGAUGUAAUUAAGCACUUCCUUUGUUGCUCACGCAUGCCCAUAGCCUUUUUUGGUGAAUCUAUUUUGAUCUUUUUUCUCGCUUUCUUUUUUUCCCCUUCGCCCUUCUUUUUCUAGCCAGUUUUGUUCCCCACUUUAUGCCCGCCUUCGUUUUCGCAUGAAAUUUUGGCUCGCUAACCUUCCAGAAAAGGGAAAAAUGUGAUCUGCAAAGAGUAGUAGGUAUAAAGAAAAAUUGGCGGUGGGUUUUCCCCUAAAUGUGGCUUGUUUUUUGGUGUGUGACUUUAUCAGGAUGGGUCCAAAUUUGGUAAAGGAGGUGCCAGUGGAAUUAGCUAUCCUUGCUGAUUUUUGGAAAGCUAAAUGGGUCAAGGAAGGAGACCCAAACAUUUUUAAUUAUACACUGAAGCCUUUCUUAAAAAAUAUUGGAAUCGCAUUUCACCGCAACCUGCCCAAACGGCCACCUUUACACAAUGGUUACUUCUGGGGUGGACGUUGAAGAGAAGGGGGGGUGAUAUUUUUAUAACUACAUGUGAUAUAAAGAUUUUUAAUUUAUUCUUCUGCCUUUAUCCACCAUUAUAGCGCAUGCAAAACGUCCAGUGGAUUGGCGUGGUAAGUUAAUUGAAUACAAGCUCGGUAUCUUCUUGCUAGCAGGUUUAUUUAUACUGUCUGGUGAAACUAUAAUAAGACAUCGUUUUAGCCUGUUUUUUAAUAAUUUUUUUAGUCUUAUCAUUGUUCAAGGGGGCUAUGUUACGUUGAUAUUGCUGUUUUAGUGUCCUCUAGCAUAAACAAAGUGCUGCUGUAGAGUUCAUUUUAGGCCUUUGUACAUUAUGCUUUUUUUCCCCACUAAAAUGCUCCACCUUAAUGCUCCAUUUUCCCCACUAAAAUGCACGGUCACACCCAAAAAAGUCACUAGAGGCUUUUUUAUCACUUGUAACGUUUUAACAGGGUGCUGAAAUGGUAUACGUAGUAUAACAAGUUUACAAAAUUUUAAACAGCAAAAAUUAACUUUCCCCCAGUCUCCACACUUUGAAUUUCGAGGUUUUUCUAGUUUGUGUUCGUUUUUACUGAAAAAAAAACAACUUUACUUAAUUUAUUUUCUCUAAAAAUGAAUUGAUUUUUUUCCCGGAAAAUGCGAGGAUAAUGUACAAAGGCCCAAUUCACCCAUAUCCAGAAAUGCAUGAGACAAUUUGGCAAACUAUAUGUACAGUCCCAAAUAACGAGAUAAGACAUACAUAUUGAGAAAUACUCACCAAAGAGCUAUGUCGUAAAUUUUCAUAACCAAAAACGAAAGAUGGUUUUGACACGUGAAAAAAAAAAAAGAAAAGAAAAAAAAUUAUACGUCCAAUCAGAAGCGAAAGAGGUGUGAAUUUCGCGCCAAAAUUCCCGCCUUUUAUAGGCGCUUGCAGCUUGCAGCGCUACUUCGCAGACAUUCAAAGAGGAAGGUUUUUCUCGAAGUGUUUUUCUCAUAAAAAAUGUGAAAAACAUCUCGGAAAUUGGAGUGGUAUAGUUUCGUUUGUUUUGCUGUCGAUGAAGAAAACUGUAGAGAGCCGGCAAAACAACAGCGGAAGGUGGGAAUCAGAACGAGAUGUAAGCUCAAGUUGUGAUUUUUUCUGAGCUACAAGUUUGUCUUCUAUUCAAGCCUAAUAAGCUUAAGCUUAUAUUCAAACCGGCCAUUUUACUUUAAUUCAUUCAUUUUUAAUUGUGCAUUCGGAACAAACAGUUAGGAUUUCUGUAGUUCUUUCAUAUCCUUACAGACAUUAUAUUUUUAACAAACGUUUUUACUAAUAAGCUGAUACUUCGAUUUCGUUGUCAUUUUGCGGUGUGUAGCGGCAAAUUUUAGCAUUUUGGAAAGAUUUGAAAUAAAGAGGCUGCCAAAAUGAUGAAUGUCUCAGUAUGCAUAUAAUAAACACAAUACCACAUGGAAAGCGCUUUGUACGGUAUUUACGCACUCGUUCGCUGAGCUCACUCGUUCGAUUUCUGAUACAAAAAGAACGAGUGCAUAAAUACUAUACGCCUGCACUUUCCAUGAAGUAUUCCGUAUUUAUUUUUGGAAUUCAGUUGAUGCGAAGAGACAUUUUAGCUUUAAAAAGCUAUCAAAGUAGCAUGACAUAGCCCCUUUGAGUUUCUAAAAGAGUUAACUAUUUAUGUCAUUAGGCCAGUUUCGAUAUAUGUACCAAUUAUUGAAUGAAGCAGAGUAGGAUGUGAAGAAUUAUGCAGAUCGAGGAGGAUGUUAUCCACCCAGGCUGAAGGCCGGGGUGGAUAACAUAACUUCCUCCGAAUUCAAUAACUGCUUUAUCCUGUUCCUCUCCUAAAAUUAUACCACAACAAGAAACACUAUUGUUGGGGGGCUUGCUCUGUUUGAUGGGAAUGUUGUUUGACACUGAAACAACAAACUCAAAUUUCUUUAAUAAUCAUGUCAAUUCAGCAUCAACUAUAGACCACUGAAAAGAGAUAGGGGUCCUACCCAGCAAAGGUGAGGGAAAAAAUCCGCAUCUAUAUUCAAAGGCACAUACGGCUAGGACGAGGGUGGGAGAGAGAGGGAAAAGUCAGGACUUGCUUCUGCCGGUUAUGUCAAGUCCGUCGAAAACCACGAGGGAUCGAUGGAUCACUUAGAGGGUUCCCCAAAUGUUCAAUAUGAUGCACCCCCACUGAAAUGCCCCAGCCAACAUAUAAAAGGUUGGUUUAAAUAUUAACCGAGGGACAGCAUAAAGUAUUUAUUUCUAUUGUCUGGACAAUAAUUUCUUUAUAAUUCAUUCAAAUUAUUUCUGCUUAGCUUCUCGUAGACUUUCUUCAAAACUUUGGCCUACUUCUUGGCUCGGUUUCAGAAUAUAUGUAUUAUCAUGCAGAUACUCCUCAAAAUUUUGAAAGUAUUUUUGAAUUUGUUCCUUAUUUUAGUCAGAAAUUCAGCUAUUUCCUCUUCGCAUAACAGUGAACUCUAUUUUUUUACUCAACUAUUGCCCAAGAAGCCUCGUUUCCAAUAAAAUAUACCAUAGAAUCGAUAAGAACUAGUUGGUUAUAAAGAAUUAGCUGGGGGAUUGCAGCCAAUGAAAAGUUGCCAAAUCUUUUGAAUGAACAAUAACAAAACCUAUAAUUGACUCCGAGGCUAAGGGGAAAGGAAAAGAAAUGAACUAUUUAUCUAUGUAUCUUAGAGCAAUUUCUUUUGCUUUAUUCCCCUCAGCCUUGGAAUCAGUGUUAAAUUUUAAUAAUUCCAAACUGGCCUUUUCAAUUUAUUAAAAAAAUGCCAACUCAUUUAUUCCUCUUUUAUUUCUGUCAAUCCAGUUGGUGGAGUAUGAUGCAGCAUCUAACUUGGUCUCUGUUGGGUAUAGCGGAGUUGGAUACUCUGGACUCAGUGGACAGCGCAUCAGUAACUCUCGCCAACUUUCUUUUUGGAGCCUUUCUUAUCAUGGGAGUAAUUCUUCUAGUUAAUAUGAUGAUAGCCCUACUGUCUAACACAUAUCAGCGAGUUGAGGUAACAUCGGAGCCAUAGCUGUACUCUGUAGGAAUUUUUUUAAAAAAUUUGUUUAAACACAUCAUUAUGGACUUUUAUUGAAACAGAGUUAACGGUUUUUUUUUUAACAAAAUCCUUCUCCAAUUUUUCUAACCCUGACUAGAAACCCGUUUAUCCGCUCAAAAUAAACCGUUAACACAUUUAGAGGGCACUGAAAACACGUUCUGAGUUGGACGUCGGUAUAUUCAUUUGAUAGCUCUGUAGGAUUUUUCUUUUAGAGUAAAAACAAAGUUUUCCAGUUGGUUACGUCGAGAAAAAUGCAUUUGAAAGAAUUGCAGAAUUGAUAGCUUCAACAACUCCUUGAGGCGAAAACGAAUAUCUGGGAGAGCUCAAAAUGAUCUCUGCUACUAUCUUUUUUGAAGACAUUAAACUAACAGAGACAGUUUAAGGCUUCAAAACUUGCUGUAUUCUAAGUUGUGCGGGAGUUAAUUUCUGUGGAUGGGCAUCUACCAUCUGGGAAAUAUUUUUUGCGAUCGGUCUUGUCUGUUUUUUUAUGUCCUCUAGGAAUUGAUUUAAGUGAUUAUGUAAUUAUGUCUUGUUCUUGUUGGUAGUCGAUUGCUCUGAUUCCGGUCUAAUGGUGGCUUUUGCCCCCUUCAGUCUUAGAGUCGCUUUCUAUCCCACAAACGGACAACUGUCUACUUCCAAGUUAUUAUUGACUUUCAACAGUUAAGUUAAAUCUGGGGAUUAAAUUUUUGCAGCAUGCUUUUCUGACGAGAACAUUCUUCUGAAGCUUGAAAACAAACAAAACUCGCAAUCCGUAACCGUAAUGUGCCACACGGUGCAGCUUCUUAAAAUGUUUGUUUUUCGUUUUUCUUCAGGAAAACUCCCUGAAAGAAUGGUCGUUCAAGAAAGCCAUAACGAUCGAGACAUACAGCACAUACCAUCCAAUACCAGUACCUUUUAACUUGAUAUCACAUUUAUUUCUGUGGCUAAAAUGGCUGUGCUGCCUGUGCAGGCGCUGCAAAAGGCAACCGAGAGAAAAACCCUUGAGUAAAAGGAGUUACGUGAGUAGACGUAAAGUUAUUUUGUCUUGUGUAUUAUCAGAUUAUCAUUGAGCAGCAAAUACGUUGUUGUACACAGCUGGACUUAGCAGCGGAUUUUAAUCAGGAUCAUUUAAGUACUGUAAUGUCUACUGGGUUAUUUAUGGUGGAACUUCCUAUCAACGCUGAUUGAAUAUUUUCCAAUCUCUCUUGACAGAAAAAGUCUUUGGAUGAUGUUGUAGAAAAUCUCCAAUUUACUUACUUUUCAUGUCAUGGCUACUCAUUUCCUCUGACAGGUAAAGAUAAUAGUGAGUUUACGCAACAGGACAGCAGGAAGAAGAGGAUGGCAAAACACUGUGACACACGUGACAGGGCUAUUAGGCCCGUUUUAAACGUCGUGCUACUGCCGUGCCGAACUCAGUUGAUCGAAUUAAAUUGGACUUAAGCACAGCAGUAACGCGACGUUUGAAAACAAGUCGUGCUAUUGCCGUGUAGCACUGCAAGCUUUGUCGAAUAAGUCAUAAGUUAUAAAUACCUUAGAAUACAUGUAAAAGUUUGUUAAACCAUUUCUAUAUUUUUGAGGUUUGUUUUCGGGAACAGCCGUUCUAUUCCACUGAAUUAAAUUCGGCAUUUGAGAGCAAGUCGUGCUAGUGUCGUGCUGCAGUCGGCUACAGUCGAUCCAGCUUAGCACGGCCGUAGCGCGACGUUUGAACCAGGCCUUACUUGCGUGUUUCUAGUGAUCUUCACUGACUUAACACCAAUGUUUUCUGGUCCUUUACAAAAAGAUCUGUUUAAAGGAAAGUGGCUCAAAGUUUGGCGAAAAGUUAUUUCAAACAAAAUUAUUGUCACGCUUGUGACACAAGAUUUGCUGUCUGCCUUCCUCUCCGGUCCUCUUGCGUAAGUUCACUAAUGUUUCAGUGUGCACAAUAUUAACACCAUUUUCCAACUAAAGCUCAGUAAGGAGACUUUUUUAACUGCUCCUGGAAUAGUUAAUAAAAAGCGCUAAAUUUCUAUAAUAUUUUGGCAGAUGAAAGAAAAAUGGACUACGUUCUUCAGGAAACUCAGAGAAACCGUCAACUGGCAAAUCACAUAGUGGGAAAUCAGAUAGCUUACAGGACUUUUGCAGCGAAUGGAGUUAACGAUGGCGUCUUUACUACUGGUCCAAAGGUAUGCGUUCAUCUUGGACGAGAUUUUGUAAAUUAUCUUGUGAGUCUUGUACAAUAUGGGCUCACCAGGACAGUUUUUCAUAUUGACCAAUAUAUGCACUUCUUAUUAUUUGGCCCAUAUUGCUACUUUUCCUCAUUUGACUUUUUCUCGGAAUGUUAGCGUGACCUUGGAAUUUUCCUGGAAUUUGAACCGGUUGAACCGGUUUUGGGCGGUUUGUCGAGUUGGCGCCUUGUACUAGUAUGCCGAUGAUGCGUUCAAAUGAAAAUAAUAUAAUAGAUAGUAAUAAUAUGGGAGAGAAGAAUAAGCUUCUUCGUGAGUUAUUAUCUGAGAAUACUAUUGAAGAUCUCCGAACAUUGGUCAAUUUUAAGAGGCAGAUGAAAAAGCCUAAAAGUACAGUCAAACGUAUGGUAGAUUAUCUUAAGCAAAACCCUAUACCACUAGCCCCACAAACAAAAGGUUAUGAAAGGGCUUUUAAAAUAAAUAUAGUGAAUGACAGAGAUCCCUUACUCAGUUGCAAGAAACAAGGGAAGAGAUUGGUAGAUUUCUUAAGCGCUUAAAAGUGGAAAUGAGGGGGUUUAAAUAUUGGAAGCAUUGGAGGUUGAAUUUUAUAAACGAAUUGAGGGCCCCAAACCACAUAAAUAUGAGAAAGGAUACAGUGAUAGUAUGCAACAUAUUGUCAUAAAUACACAUAGCGUACAGGAACGCCUUGAAUUAUCACAACAAGAAGUCCUUAAAAAGAUUACAAACUGCUGGAUGUCUGAGGCAAGUGGAUGGGUCGUAAACUAAGUAAGGCACCAUUAUGUUAAUAUGGCAAAGUACAAUCCACUGGAAGGAAGUAGUUAUAUUAAUUCAUCAUCAGAGCCUAAAAAUCCAAAGUAUGGCCUUAGUAAUAUUAAAAAUAAGGAUAACCAGUGUUUUCUCUGGUGCCAUAUCCGGCGUUUCAAUCCACAAGAAAUUCUCCCCGAAAGGAUAAAAAAUUCAGACAGAUUAUUGGUUGAUAAUUAUGAUUACACAGGUGUGGAAUUUCCAGUUAGCACCAAACAUUACAGCCGAAUUGAGGCCCAAAACAAGGUAGAUAUUAAUGUUUUUGGGAAUGAAAACAAACAAUGUUUUCCAAUCUAUAUAAGUGCUGGUGGCCAUGAAUUGAAUCCUUUAUUGACAUCAGAUGAGGAAAAACAUCUUUAUGUUCUUAUCAAGAGUUUCAAUAGUUUGAUGCGUAAUCAUACAAAACACCAUGGAACCAAAGAGUUUUGCAUGCAUUGUUUGCAAGCAUUUAGUACCAAAGAAGUGUUGGCUAAACAUAAGGAAAACUGCUUCAGAAUCAACGGAAAGCAAGGUAUUCAGAUGCCUAAGAAGGGAAGUAAGGUCCAGUUUCAAGAUCACCACGGGCAGAUGCUGGUACUAUUUUUUGUUUAUGCUGAUUUUAAAGCCAUCACGGAAAAAGUAUCUGGCCGCCAACCAAGUGCAGAAAACUCAUUUACAGAUAAAUAUCAACAGCAUACAGCAUGCAGUUAUGGUCACAAAUUAGUAUGCUGUUAUGAUGACCAAUAUAGUAAACCAGUGAAGAUUUACAGAGGAGAAGAACCUGUGAAUAAAUUCAUGCAUGAGAUGCUAAAGGAAGUAGACUACUGUAAGGCUACAAUAAGAAAAUACUUCAGAAAACCACUUGUAAUGAGUGAUGAUGAAGAGAUGUUUAAAGCAAGUACCAGACGCCAUAUCUGUCGAGAGCAAUAUAAGGAAAAAUAUGUGAGAGUAAGAGAUCACUGCCAUGUCACAGGUAAAUACAGGGGAAACUAAAGCUUAAUCCCACCAAUGUGAAAUUAAAAUACCAGUGAUGUUUCAUAAUCUCCGUGCAUGGCUAUGAUGCCCAUUUUAUAAUGCAGGAGAUUGGGAAGAUUGGUAAGGAGAAGAAUUUAGGUAUAAACUGCAUCCCCAAUAAUAUGGAGCGCUAUAUGGCUUGUAAGCAGGGUAAUAGCUUAGCGUUUCUAGACAGCUUUCAAUUUAUGUCCUCUGGUCUUGAUAGACUUGCAGCAAAUCUUCCUGAGGAUAAAUAUGAGUACACGUCGGCGGUAUUUAAAAAAGAGCAAUUAGCAUUGAUGGAAAAGAAGGGUGUUUAUCCUUAUGACUUUAUGGAUAGUUUUCAAAAGUUUGAUUACAAACAGUUGCCCACAAAAGAUGAGUUCUUUGGUAUAUUGACCCAAGAAGGCAUUACAAAUGAGCAGUACGAGCAUGCUCAGCAAGUUUGGGAUACUUUUAAGAUGAAGUCAAUGGGGGAGUACCAUGAUUUGUAUCUCAAGUCUGACGUAUUGCUGUUGGCUGAUGUUUUUGAAAACUUCAGAAGCACUUACCUUCAGUACUAUAAAUUAGAUCCCGCGUAUUAUUUUACAUCUCCGGCCUUAGCUGGAGUGCAAUGCUUAGUUAAAUUGAUGAAUUCAUGGAAUUUCUCCGUAAAUUCACAUUUGUUGAAAUAUGUCUCAUUAUGUAAUGAUUUACGAACUAAUUUGUUAUCAAAUCAUGCUGAUGACACUUGAGUGACUGUAGUAAUCAUUGCAUUGCAUUAUCAUUGUUAUAAAUUGUAACUUUAUGUUAAAACUUUUGCAAUACUGUAACUACAAAAUUAUAGUCAUGCAAAUAAAGCUUAUGUUGUUGUUGUUGCUUAAGAUGACAGGCAUCAAACUUGAGCUUAUGUUAGAUGUGGACCAAUACCAGUUUAUUGAAAAGGGUAUGAGGGGUGGAAUUUCUUAUAUUGCUAUUAUAUAAACAGGCAUUUGGAAGCAAAUAAUCCUUACAUAAAGGGACACAAUUCAAAGACGCCCAAUAAAUAUAUUAUGUAUCUGGAUGCAAAUAAUAUGUACGGAUGGGCGAUGUCCCAAUGUCUUCCCACAGGUGGUUUCAAAUGGUUUACCCCAAAUCAGAUAAAUGAAUUGGAUAUUCAUAGUUUAAAUCCUGAGGCAGGAAAGGGUCUAAUACUGGAAGUAGAUUUGGAGUAUUCACAUGAGCUCCAAGAUCUGCAAAAUGAUUAUCCCCUGGCAGCGGAGAAAAUGAGAGUCACCAAAAAUAUGCUUUCACCUUAUUGCCGCAAGGAACAAUACUAUAAAAUUCAUCAACAAACCAUUGUCAAAUAUCGGUUUGUUACACUGGGUCAAACCACUUGGAAUAAAAUAUUUCAGAGGUAUUUAUAGCUGCGAUAUUUUACCAGAGAUACUUGUUCAAAGCGAAUAUCCAGCUGGAAAAAGGGUUACGCCAAACGACAACCUGAUCUCAUGAUUAUGAACUAUCAUAAGGACUAUAGUGGGCACUGUAUUGAGUUUAAAUCUCCAACUAAUAAUUACCAAGUGAGCCAAGCCCAAAAAGAGAUGAAGCACUGGUACAAGAAAAAUGGCUACUAUUUUCUCCUGAGUAAUUGAUUAUGAUCUUAUAACCAAAACUAUACAUGAUUAUAUGGAGGGAGUAAGAGUGCCAUGCAAAUUUUGUAAUAGAGAAUUCCUUUUGAAGGAAACACCAAAAAUACAUUAUAAAAUAAUCCAUUGAAUUGAAAAAUUAAUAGUGCCACCAACCAAAAAGCUAGUCUUAGUUCACCUUAGAGAGACCCUUUUUACAUUCCGUAAUCAUAUACAAAAUAUAUAUAUGGAAGAUUAUAUCCGUCUUUUAUCCCAACAGCAGUCUCUUUCUGGAGGCACUAGUUUUAAUAACUAUGUAUAUUCCUCCAAAUGUUAGAGUGAGCCUUAGUAAACAAAAGUUGACCAAUGAAAUGGGCCUUGUCUCAAACAUAAAGUCAAAAGUCGUACAAAAGCACAAGAAAACCGCUCUAAAAUCAGCAUUAUAGCAAUUAAACCAGCUGAAAGAACCAAGAAUUUCAUGCCGUGGGUUGUCACUACUGUCUGGCAUCAUAAAAAAUUCUUGUGAAGGAUACAAAGGUUCUAUCAUUAUUGAACCAGAACAAAUCAUAGCAAAAGCUGAUUAUAAAUGUGGUAAGUACUUUUAUUUAGAACCAAUCUUAAACACUUUCAAAAGAGAAAUAAUUAAACAUAUAGUAACCAAUAGAAAAAAGUGCGUAAAAAAGUGCAUGUAGUGGUCAAUAUGAAAAACUGUCCUGGUGAGCCCAUAUUGUAUACUACUCUUGUAAUGGAACCAGACAUUUUUUUCAAAUUAAAAUGCUUUUCAGUCAUUUUUUGGGCUUACUUUUAAGUUACGUCUAUUUCACAUUUCCCAUUGGUUUGCACACUGGUACCAAGACCACUUGCACUGCAGCCAUAUUGAUACAUAUAACCCGAAGUGCAUGAGCAUACUUGUUUUGUUUAUUGUUUUUCAUUUUUUGGACCUAACGCAAUAACAAAAUCAGGCCUGGCAAAGUCAAGGAAUCAGAAUACAGGGAUGUCUUCUAAUUUGUGAAGGGAGCGAGUUUUGCUCCACCUGUAAAGAUGAUCCAAAAAAGUAUCACGGCGCGAGAUACAUAUUCCCGUUCUCUCCAGAUUGUCCACAUUUUGAGGUGCGUAUGUAGAUUUACUGAUGUAUUGCAGUUGACUGACAUAUAUAUAUAUAUUGUAGCUUAACCUGGAAUAAGUUUUGUUUCAAUCUGAGAAAAAGAUUUUUGUUUUCUUCACUGAAAACUUAGAUAGUUUUCAAAAUCCUUCGCCGACUUAACAAGUAAAAUUUCAAACUGAACUAAUCAAUUUAGCAAUUUUUAGAAUCCUCAGGCAAUACAAAUAAUUUUAUGAAGGCAGCAAGUUUCAUUCUUUCAUUAUUUAGUUUAAGCAUUUUAAGCAUUGUUUUAUUUCUUUUUUUUGUACUUACGUUCGAGCAUUGAAAGAGCUAUACUUAACAUUUAUCGAUUAAAUGAAUUACGUUUGCGCAAUCUCAUUACUUUACCUUUAGCUUGGGCUUGCCACCCUCCUGUGGUGGUGGUUAAACUUUCAUGUCUUAAUGACCCCAAGAGGUAUCCCUUCGGGAGUCUGCCCCUUGUAGGUCCAACAAUGCUGGAUGGGCAGCCCCUCGUCCCCGAAACUGGCGGUUUUCUUGUAGGCCAAUAACACCCCCCGUACAGAAACAUUUGACUACGUAAACAUGAUGAAUAAACAGCAAACAAAUCUCAUCGAUCUUCUUGGUUAGGUUCUUAUUCAAGAAACAGGGGAACAGCGUCUGCUAGGAGUGGGUAUUGUUGGAAAAGAUUAUGGAAAUCACUCCUUUCCGGGGAGGGAAAAUGGAUCCGUGGGAUAUCUCAUUGACGAUGGAAGAAUACUUGACGCAGAAAAUCCUACUUGGGGAAUAGCGUGUGACGGUGAGAAACUAAAUCGUGCUAUCUUGUCACAUUAUUUUUGUUUAUGACGAUACACCAAUUAAAUUAGUAGAAGUUUGCUAGGAGUCAUUAAUACUAUUUCUUUUCAAAACAUUUUCUUUUAUAGAAACAUUUAGCCUAUUAAAAGCUUCUAUGAACAAUGUAGCAUAUAGGUUAUACAUUUGAUAUACGUAGACAGGCUUCUUUUCUUUCCUUUAUUAUUUUUUUAAUUAUGUUCAGUACACAGCGAUGUUACGUUUGCUGUCUACUCUAAAACUCGUGUUAAGAUAUUUAGGCUCAUGUAUGUCUGCUGUCUGUCUGUUUGUAUGUAUGUAUGUAUACUUUGAAGUCAAACAGUGAACCAAAUUGCGGAUAUUUUUAAUAUCAACCAGGAGAAUAUUGAUAGUAAGAGAUAUAACCUAAGAAAUGCAGAUUUUGUCUUACCUCGGUUUAAAACUGUUACUUAUGGGAGACAUUCUCUCAGAUUUCUCGGACCACAAUUGUGGUCUAAACUAAGCAAGGAGGAGAGAAAUAUUGCAACUUUGGCAACGUUUAGGACAAUGAUACGUAAGAAGGAUGUAACAUCAUUUCUUGAGGGAUGUGGGAGUGAAUGCCGCUUAUGCUUAGAUUAAGAGGACGUACGCAUAUUUACUUAUUCAUUUUAGUGUCCGAGCUAAUAUACGCAUUUAGUUUUUAUAUUGUAAAUUUUCGAACUUAGCUUCGAAGUGUUAAAUCUAGAACUUAGUUUUUAGAGUGUAAAAGAGCACUUAGCUUGAAUAGUGUCAAUUUCCGGCCUUUAUAGUACUUAAUUAGUUUCUAUUAAUGAUGUAAUUUAGUUUUAAAGGUGUCCCCAAUUAGUGCCAAUAGGCACUAGAACGACAAGACACUUUAAUAAAGGUUAUGUAUGUGUAUGUAUGUAAACUGCUUCCUUAUUAUUCCGGCCUUCUCCAGUGAUUUGUCGAGUUUAGCCGAAUUUCCCAGUAGUUGAAAUCUUAAGGACUUUUUCCAACGUUGAAAAAAAGAAAGAGAAACUCUUCGUUUUGUUUUUACGUCCUCCAUAUAAAGUGAAAGUAGAACAUUUUAUUUGCUUAUUGAACGUAUUGCUUUGACUUUACUUUUGCCGUUGCUGACAUUUCUUCAUAAGAUUCCUUAUUACCUCGAACUGCAGUGCGCAAGGUACAGCGAGGGAGGCGCCAGUAGCUGGCAGGCAACACAAAACUCUCGAUAUUUCAGGUGUUGAAGAACGGCUUCUUAUUGGCCAGAAUCUUAGUAAACCAUACUAAACAUGCACCUGAUUCUACAAUCAGCUGUUAAAAUAUACUUUUAGAUGCCAUGGCCUACAGAGGGGACUUGAUUAGCUGCACAGUCAACUUUGAAUUGGCAAGAGAUGGGAAAGUUCCAAUCGUGUUUUCAUUAAACGGAAGGCAGAUCACUCAGAAUAAGAUAUUCAUGGAUUACACUCAGAAUGAGGAAUCUCUGUAUCCCUAUGUUGGCAUGGGACAAACGGGAAUAAGAGUCCUGGCCAAGGUAAGCACACGU